AGGAGCGAAAAGAGAGGGGAGAGAGAGGAGGAAGCGCGUGCGAUGUGCGCGCGCCGAGCGCUCGCACCCGCCCAGUGCAGCGGCUGGCUCCCGCACGCGCCCUAACGAGGGAGGGGAGAAAGACACAGACACGCACACACACACACACAGUCGCGGCGAGAACUGCCUCGCGGGCCAAGCAGGGCCCCCUCAGACGGCGACGGAAUCCCCGGCGAGCUGAGGCGACAACAACAACAACAACCAAGCAAACAAUAACAACGGCGGCAACACGACGGCGAUGGCGGCGGCGUUGAAGCGGGAAGCGGCUCCCCGUCCUCGCUCCUCCUCCGGGUCCCCCUCGGUCCCUGCGGCCGAGAGCCGGUCGGUAGCGGCGGCCCCCUGGCUCGGAGUCACGCUGCGGCUGCUGGUGGCGCUGCUCCUGAACGCGGCCCGGGCUGAGAAAGAAGGUGAGGGGAAGGGAAGGAAGGAAGGAAAGGGCUGGCGGGCGGGGAGGCGGCGGCGGGAGAGGAGAAACGCUGCCUCCUCCCUCACGGCGACCCGAGAGAUCGCGACCCUCCCCGUGGGGCCGCCUCUGCCCACCUCUUCCCCAGAUGCUUCAUUAAAUGCCCCUCCGCUGGCUUGUUUCUAACGUGCCCACACCUGGUUCGGGGCCGCCCUCUUGUUCCUCCUCCGUGCUCCCCCUGGGGCGAGGGGUAAGGGGUCUUUCCCCUCUGUGUGUGUUUGGUGAGGGGACGACGACCCCUUAACCCUUCGCCGGGUCUUUCCCAAAGUUGUCCGCGGUUCCCCUCCUGCCCCACAAAGCGCCUCAGUCGGAAAUCAGUGCUGAAGUUUCUGGGUACUAUUGGCAUCCCCUGAGUUACUUGGCUUUCUGUGUCUCUUUCCCUGCCCACCCUCCUUCAUUCCCUCUUUCUUUUUGGGGUCCCGCCGGGUGCGUAUUUCUCCUCCUUCCCCCUUUUCCUCUCCCGGUGCUCUGGCUCGUCCCCUCCCAGCCGGGCUGCCAACUCACUGGCCGGCCCUGUUGGCUGCUCCACCCGGCUGUGGGGACCUGCCGCCUCUGGGCCUGGCUCUCUUUCUCUCCCUCUCCCUCCAUCUCUCUCUCCUCGCUUUGUGACCCGGGCCGUAGUAAAAUGCCGAAGCUCGGCGCAUGCAUUUGUCAGUGAGGUAAAGUUGCUGGGGUUUUUUUAAAUCCCGCUUUUGUUUUUGUGUGUUGGGAGAUGGGGACGGAGCUCUAGUCCUGCCCCUGCUGAGCUGGAGGAUCCCGCCCGCACAAGGCAAGGCAAGGCUGGCUGGCUGCAGGCACCACCAUCUGCAGCCCAAAGUUGGACCUGGCUUCUUUUAAGAAGCUCAUCUCUUAAAAUAUUUACCUUGGCUACCCUGAGCAGCUGUCAGAUUGCACCUUGUACCCGCUGGAGAAGUGCUUUCUUUCAAAAACAAGCAAAGGAACAAAAAAGGUCUUUUGAGAUUUCUGGACAUCACUGCAUUUUUAUUUUAUUUUUUGAAAAAUCCAAAAUAUUAAUUCGGGAUUCCUUUUAAAGCUUGUUCUGUGGAGGUAGUGUAAUGUCAGCAGGGUUGAACUGUGUGGCAUUUUUAAAAACAAAAUUCCAGAGAAUCCUGCAUACUGAGAAAAUACAUGAAGUGGUUUUGGAUUUGGUUACCGAUGCAGCAAAAAGGAAAGGAGGGCAGCAUCAAAGAGUAGCACAUGCUACUCCAACCUCCACCCCCAGCCUCAUUUUGGUACUUGGAAAUACAGAUGUAUUGAUAGCAUGCAAAUUGCCCAGCAUGUUUAGAUAAAUAGUUUUCAGGGACGCUGUAAAUCAUGGAUAGACAACUAGUGCCCAGCAAAGGUUGUUGGACUCCAAUUCCCAGUAGCCUCAGUCAAUGUGGCUAGUGGACAGGUGGGAGUUGAAACCCAAGAGUGCAUGAAGGGCACCAUGUUGGUUACCCAUGUUGUCAACCCGUAAAAAAUCUAGUUUUAUAGGUGUCUGUUUACAGAGUCCCUGAAGAGCAUUUAUCAAAAAAGUCAAGCAUUUCAUUUUAUAUAUGCAGUACCAGUUUGAAGUUUCACCUGCCAUUCUGAAGCAUCUUCAGGACUUAAUAAAAUGUCUGGUAGUGGUCUUUGAAGCACUGUGAAGAGCAGCAAAUGAUUUUAAGUCAGGGGGUUUAGCCACUGGAGGAAAAGAUAACAGACAUUCUUGAAGAAGAAACACAUCAAAUAAAUCUGCAAAACAGAUGUGAGUCAUCUUCCUUAGAAGUAUCUUGCUUAUAGCAAUGCUUAGUAACUUUGUGAAGUUACUAGAACCUUUAAACUGGAAACCAAGUGGAUUUUAUGAAAAUCCAUAUCCUUAACUUUGGUUUGACGCAAACUUUAUGAAGCUGAGUUGAAAUUCUAUUAACCAGUGACCUUAAACAUUAAAAUGUCAUAAUGUACAUAACUUUUUAUCUGGUUGUUUAUCAUAUGGAGCCCAAAGAAAAUGUCCCUUAUCUUUUCGGUGGUUUGUGUAUAUAUAUACGGUGUGUGUUGAGAUUUUGCUGCUUCACUCUAUUUUAAAACGUGCUUUCAUUUGUAGCUAGGACUUACAGUGUCAGCAGUUAGUCUUGCAAUGUCAUUCAUAGAUUUUCUUUUUUAAUGAUUCAUGAAGAUCGCUCUGAUUCUGUGGUUGUUCUCAGGCUUGCUGCUUGGUUGUUUGGUACUUUGCUAUAUUCAAAGAAGGCAAACAGUUCUGAAUAGUAUUGUCAGUUUAUCAUGACUGACAAUGAGAGUUAAUAUUUCUAUCUACAUUUGAGUAUCUGUGUGCUACCUCCCCAGAGACUAUUUCGCUUAGGCAAAUUGACAAGAAUCUUGCAAUUUCUGCCUGUGUACAUACACUUACUUUUUAUCGCCUCUAGUUCUGACCCAUUGUGCCACAGAGCUCUAUUCUUCAGGGUUGUUGAGUUUUCUAGCUUGUACCUGUGUGCUAUACUAGUCUUUCCCAUCGUGUUCAAAUGAACACAGGGGGAGUUUGCUGACUGUAUAGUGUCAAUUAACUUCCUUAACCAAUGUCCGUAUGUUGCUAUCUUAACUUCUUACUAGUAGUCUGUUUUACUCAAGAUACCUCUAUUCAUAUAGCUGAGUGAUUUAUCCCUUCCAGACUGCUAUUGUUGGUGACUACUUAGGAGCUACCUACAGAAGGUUUUUAAAUGUUUGCAAGUGUGAACUUCUAAGAAAUUAGUACGAUUCUGGUUUCAAAAUUUACUAUUUAGAGGCAAUGCCACAAACCUAGAUUUCUUUUAUUAUACAGAUAGGCAGCCUAAAAUAAGUACAGUAAAGUUGUUCUAGUCUUAAAGUAUUUUAAGAGUGAACAUCAUUGAUUAUGUUGCUGCUGAUUUCAUAAGCACAAGAGGAAGGUUGCACAUUAAUAAAACGUUUAACUGCUUAGCAGUUUCUGUUAACUGGACUUUGCAGAAAAAUAUUCUACUCACUGCUUUUACUUUAACUUUUACUUCUUGCCUUAUAUCUUAACAACUGUGAAAAGCUACAAAAAUUUACUGCUAUGCCAGUAUCUUUCAUGUAUUAAAUUGUGGUCAUGGUCCCAAAAAGCUAUGUCUUUUUCAAAUGCUGGAUAUUUUGAAACAUUUAAAACAUGCAUUACUUUAAACCACAUCAUUUUCUAAAUUGUCUUUUUUAAAAACAAAACAAAACAGUUUUCACUUUUACAGUUUUGCAGACUGUGUGAAAGCAGUAGCUGUGGUUUUGACAGGCAGGUUCUCACUAUUCUGGCUGUAGUGUCUUGUCAACUAACCAUUUUUGUUGGGUGUGCAGGUAAAUACCUAUUCCUGUUCCAGACAGGUAGCUUGCCACUUGACUGGUUGUCUGCAUAGAAUAGCAUUUGUCCUCAGGCAACCAGGCAAGUGGCAAGGACAGAAGCCCGUUUAACCCUCUUUCUGCUGCCUAUUUACUCAUGGCACUCUUUGUAGCUAUUGUAGCAUUGCUUGGUUUUCCCCUUCCACGCUGGAGAAUUGCGACAGAGUACUCUGGCUCCACUUUCUCUUCUCUUUUUCUAGAAUGUGUGAGUGAGAACAUAAUCUGAUGUGUUUAGCAGCUGGGAGAGGAAGAACAAGUAGCACUUCUAGUAAAGGUUAAACUGGAAAGGCCAGGGAUGUAUAGCACAGUAACUUACAUUUCUGCACAUGCAAUAUGAGAGAAGAAAGGAGUCAGGCAACUGAUUGAAAUGGGGGGUAUCCUGGAUAGCUCAGUUGGUUAGACUGAGUGUGGUGCUGAUAAUGCCAAGGUUGCAGGUUUGAGCCACAUAUGGGACAGCUGCAUAUUCCUGCAUUGCAGGGGGUUGUACUACUAAAUAGUCCCUUCCAACUCUACAGUUCUAUGAAUCCAAUUUUCCUUUGGUUCACAUUGAUGAUGAAGUGUUUACUGAAAGAAGAUGUAGUGUUUACCAAAAGAUCACUCCACUGUCUGGUGACAGGAGAAUGUAAUGAACAUGCCAAGCCACAGUUAUGAAAAGAGUGGAUGCUUAAGCCUUGAUUGACCCUUCAUAUGUUAAUGUAUUAUAUGUUUAGAAAGUGGGUGCUAGUUUACACCUCAUUAUACAGUAUAAGACAUCUCUGGAAUGUCUGUUGAAACAACAUGGACCUAGUCAACCUUAACAUACAGAUGCAACAACAUCUUUGUGUUAGUCUUGAUCGUUUUAGUUUUGAUAGCAGGAACUCAUAAUUUUUAACUCAUUGUUUUCAAUAGAAAGCUCACAAUGGAGUGUGUUAUAGUUCUGAAAUACACUGAACCAUUUGACAAGAAUGAAAUCUUAGACUUGAAUUCUGUCACAAGUUAAUUUAAGGCAGUUAAUGGAAGGAAAGAUCCCCAUGCCUUCCUCCCUACUGUGGUCACUUGUGCCUUUGGGGGGGGGAAACCUCUCUAGAGGGUCAGGGACACACCCCCUCCAAACAAAAAGAAUGGGGGAUGAACCAUUGGGGGCUGCUGGAAGGGAGUAAUCUAAAAUCCAACUUCCUAAGAUAAGGAAAUUCAUGGAAGGAAAGUUUUUGUUUUUCUGUAUUGGUCAGGAGGGUCCUCAAACCUCUCAGGCAGCUGCAGCAGGAGGAAGGGAAUGAGAAUUUUUCCUUCUGUGAGCCUCCUUUACUUCAUUUUUAGGGUCAUUAAAGUAUUACUUUAAAUACAUUUCUACUCCUAGUUUAUUUUUGUGUGCUGUUAAGAGUUUCUACAAGCUGCCUACAAAUCUAUAUAGCAUGUUAUAAUCCAGGACAUGUUGAGGUUUUCAUUGAAUGCAUUAAGACACCCAUGUCUUGUGUUCUUUUCGUAAUACAUUAAAAACUCAUUUAAGUUUUCAUCUGCCCUUUUUACUUACGCCCCUUUUAUAAUUCACUUUGAUUCUACCAUCCCAUAUUGUAGUUCUCGCUCCCAUUUUCAAGAUAAUUUUUCUUGGCCUUGCGUUCUUAUAUCCACACAUCUGCUAAUUGGAGUAUACCUAAUAUGCAUGUUUAAUUAGCAUAUAUAUUAAAUUUAUAUCAUCUCCUUUCCUCCAAGAAGGUGUACAUGGUUCUCUCCCCACCCCCACCAAAUUUUAUGCUCAGAGAAACCAUUUGAGGAAGACUAGGCUGAGAGACUGUGACUGUCCCAAGGUUUCCCAGUGAGCUUCAUGGCCAAGUGGGGAUUUCUACUCUGGUCUACCAGGUCCUAGUCCAACACUGAUUUCUGUGUUUUUGUAAGACUAAGGUAAAGGUAAACGACCCCGUGAUGGUUAAGUCCAUUCAAGGGGGACUAUGGGGUGCGGUGCUUAUCUCGCUUCAGGCUGAGGGAGCCAGCGUUUGUCCACAGACAUCUUUCUGGGUCAUGUGGCCAGCAUGACUAAACCAUUUCAAUGGGACAUUAUGAUGAGUGAGUGCCAGAGCGCACAGAAAUCCCAUUUACCUUCACACCGCAGCAGCACCUAUUUAUUUACUUGCACUGGUAUGCUUUCAAACUGCUAGGUUGGCAGGAACUGGGACAGAACAACAAGAACUCCCACCAUCACAUGGAUUUGAACCACCAACCUUCUGAUCAGCAAGCCCAAGAGGCUCAGUGGUUUACACUACAGCGCCACCCACUCCCUGGUUUUGUAAGACUACAAAAGACUAAGUACAACCCCAUCAUUUGCGCAUCUGCACAUAAAUAAAUGCUUUUGAGUUCAUUGGGCUUACUUCCAGGAAAGUGUGUAUAGGAUUUCAACCUAACAGUGCAAACCUAGACAGACUUACAAGUGAGUAAGACCCCCUGGACAUAAAGAAACUUCUGACUAGACUGACAUAGGAUUUCACUGUCUAUCUCUGUAUAUAACACAGGGCUCCACCAUUACCAAUGAAUCAAUGAUUUACAUACAGCUCAUGGUCAUUGAACGUUAUAGUAAUUUUAACAAUCUAUGCUAGUUUACUCUAAAGUUGAAAUAGUCUGCAGAGCACUGGUGUCCAACCUUUUUUGCAGACAUGCUCAAAAUGAUGAGGGCUUUAUAUCAAUGAUGGAAGAAAUAGGGCAGAAACAGAUGGCUACAUAACUCUGUUUUGCAAGCCUCAAGGACAGCUAAAACCACCAUCCUAAACACCUGAUGUUCUUUGAAAAUUAGAUUGGAUUGAAAAGCUCCUGUGCUUUUCUGUGCCCGUGCCUCCUGCACACACGCCUUAAGCCAGCCUUUGCCAACCUGGUCCUUCCAGAUGUUUUGGAGUGCAACUUCUGGUCUUGCCUCUCCCUCACCCCAUUCUGGAAGCCUGUGUACUUGGGUCACAUAAACAUUGUGGGGUGGGGGGCGCCAAUACAGCUUCUUGCCAGGGGUACCUCUGAAGAGGGGUAGUUGUAUGCAACUAACUCCUUUGCCUUGUAUCUACAUUUUGGUUAGCUGAUCAUGAGAUUGCAGUGACACAGUUGGAUAGCUCAGUUGAUUAGAGUGUGGUGCUGAUAAUGCUAAGGUUACAGGUACAAUCCCCGUAUGGAACAGCUGCAUGUUCAGAUUGGGCUAGAUGAGCCUCAGGGUCCCUUCCAACGCUAUUACAGUAGUACCUCUAGUUACGGACUUAAUUCGUUCCGGAGGUCCAUUCUUAACCUGAAACUGUUCUUGACUAGAGGCGUGCUUUUGCUAAUGGGGCUUCUUGCUGCUGCUCCGCCGCCGGCACACAAUUUCCAUUCUCCUCUCAAGUUCUCAACUUGAGGUAACUCUUCCAGGUUAGCGGAGUUUGUAACUUGAAGCUUUUGUAACCUGAGGCAUUUGUAACUCGAGGUACCACUGUAUUCUAUGAAUCUAUAAGUUAUGGGAUCUUCUGGAUUAAGUGCUGAGAAAUUCUGCUCUUUGUAGUGAGUUAAAAUGAUAACCACUAAUAUAUACUUCUUGGGCAGCCUACACUGUUAGAUGUCUUUCCCCUGCACUGUCGGAUUUGGCCCUUGUGUGGGAUCAUUUGGCGUUUGGAGACACCUGCAUUUACCCACCAGACCUUGGCCCUGAAGUCUUAGUGUUCUUAUUCAGUCAAUAUGUGAUGGAUUGGAUUCAGGGGUUGGGUGAGGGAACAAGCUGAGAAGCUUAAUCCAAAUAAUUAUCAUGUGAUCUGGGACAGGGAAUAGGCGCUCCUACUGUAGAUGGGAUUCUUCCAUCUAUGCAGUCUUAUAUGUUGGGAUUAAAUUGUUUUUGAAAGUUAUACUUCAAUUAGUCAUAUGUGACCCUCAAGGAAUACUGGCAGGAAGUUGUCCUGACUCAGCUAAGAAAUGUGCAGUUCUCACACAUACAAGCACCCGCUGAAGGGUGAAAUCCCACCCAUUGGUAUGUGUGCCUUGUAGUGUUUCUCUGUUGCUGAACUUUCCUGUGAACGCAGAUACAGUCAUACCUCAUGUUACAUCCGCUUCAUGUUAUGUUCUUUCAGGUUACGUCCCGUGGCGACCCAGAAGUACCUGAAAGGGUUACUUCCGGGUUUCGCCGCAUGUGCAGAUGCACAAAAUGACACCAAGGGCAUUUGCAGAAGCGGCGAAUUGCAACCCGCGCAUGCACAGACGCGCUGCUGUGGGUUACGUUCUUUUCAUAUUGCGAACGGGACUCUGGAAUGGAUCCCGUUCGCAACCAGAGGUACCAUUGUACAUGAUCUACAGAAACUUGUGGGUGAAAAUCCUGUGCUGGGUGCUGUCCUAUUUUUUUUCUUCGAAAGACUGAUUUUCAUCUGAUUGUUCUGCACUUUAUUAAAUAUAUGCAAUUGGGCUUAAAUCUUCAAUUAAGUCAUAUCUUUAAAAAUGGGUGAGAAUUGGGUUUUUUAUAUGUUCUUUAUUAAGGACUGUUUGUAUCAUAGGCUUACAGCUAUAUGAAGAUGGAAUUUGGAGCCUACGCUGAUUCCUAAUGCCAUUUUUUGGAAAUAUUUCUUUCCUAAACUUCAACUCAAAAUGGGGCCACAAAACAGCAAACUAUUAUAAAAAAAAAACAAUAGCAUAGAACUAGCUCUACCUAGAGGCACCAGAAAUUGAACUUGCAACUGUUUGUAUGCAAAUCAUGUUCUACUAAGGAGCCCUUUCCCAGUUAUUUAUUUGUGUCUGUUUAUUUUUACAUCAUUUUAUUUGGGGGGUGGGGGUAGCUCAGUGAAUAGAACACAUGUUUUGCAUAUUGAGGAUCCAAGGUUCAAUCUCCAGGUACGUCUGGGAAAGGGUCUUGUUUGAAACCCCAGAGAACCACUGCCAGUCAAUUUAGACAGUUCGAUAUUCAGGCAUCUUCUGAAUUUCAGUGCUAUCUUUAUAUAUCUUUAUAUAUGCCUGCAAUUCAGCUUUCUGUAUCAAUAAAAUAGCUGUUGUUUUAUAUUACUUUGAAAAUACGUUGGGGCCACUUGACCUAUAGCAUAACAUACGUGCAAUAUUUCAUUUUUCCUCUUUUCCUUUAAUUGAAGUGUAAUUCAUAGCAAUUUCCUUGUAAUGAAACUCUUAAAUUAAAUUACAUAGAGCUGGGACAAGCAUCAAAAGGCCACAGAACCAACCUCUUUCUUAGAGAAAACAAUGAAGUGUGAAGUACAGAAUCUGGGUAAAAGAAUUUACAUGAUUUUUUGAUAUCUUUUUUUGGGUUCAAAAGUGCAAGAAAGUGAAGAUCACAAGGGAAUUAAUUGAAUCUGAUGGUUGGCUCAGUGAAUAACAUGGUUUUUUUUAUCAAGAGAACAACUUGAGACAACCACGUGUUUAAGAAGUACUUGAAACUACAAUGCUAUGAGGGCACUGCUCUGCCUGUUGUUAGAUAUACUUCUUUCCAGAGGCCAAGAAAAUCAGAUGCCACCACGAAAUCAUAUCUUUAUGAACAGACCACAAAGAAUCUAUCUUUUACUGCAUUGUAAAGGAAGUCCUGCAAUCUUUACACCGUAAUUCAAGUGUUACCAAGGUAACACAAUUUGGCGGACUGGGCAAGAGUAGCGCUAUUUUGGUACGGGCAUGGUAAGGCUGUUAUAAUGAGAGCUAGGAGAGCUAGUUCUCUCUCUCUCUCUCCCCCCCCCCCCCCGCACUGCCUCCAAAAGAAAAACCAAACAGAAAAAUGCUGUGGGAGCUUCUGAUAUCAUCUUUCUUAUGGGACCUAGAAGACUCAAUAUGUGAAUAAGAAAAUUGUGGGGUAGGAGAUCUAGUAACAAUUUCAUAUCUGGCCACCAAUGUGCUCCUUUGGUUUCUGAUAGUACAUGGGUAGAGGAGUCUAAAAAGCCUCGGAAACAAAUUUUCAUGGCCCUCUAGCAGCUGUGAUGGCUCAUUUACCAGUAAUGUAUUUAGCAUUAACUGUGGAAGUGUAUAAUCAAUUCUGACCAAACUAAGCUUCCUGAUUUAUAUUUUGCUCUAGGCAGCUUCAUUUGGCCAGAAUCUAGUAUAUACUUCCAGAGUUAAUGCUAAAUACAUUACUUCUGGUAAAUGAGCCACCAUAGCCUCUAGAGGGCCAUGAACAGUGUUACAAACUCAGAUAUAUAAUUCAAUCGUCAAAUGGCACCUUAAACCUAGGAUGCGGCUGCCACAAAGGAAUGUCUAGGCACUGUUCCAUCCCCUCCAUGGGAUUUUUAUUUUUCAUUCUAUUUCUAUACCGCUUUAUAUUUCAAAGAACAAAUCUAGAAGCAUUUUACAACACAUUAAAAUGUCAACUAAAACAAUCCAGAAUGAAACUAAUUCAAGUUUCAAGGAAAGUAUUUCAUAUCCUUCUCUAAGUCACCUUUUGCUUUCCUCAGUCGCCAUCUUGGCAUCCAGAGAUCUCUGCAUGGUCACAAUUGGACCCGCACCAGUUGCAAAAUGUGCCUGGCACCUGGCUAGUUUUGAACACUAGCCAUGAAAAUUCAUGUCCUGGACUUUUUAGACUCUCCUACUCAUGUACUAUCUGAAACCAAAGGAGUGCAUUGGUUGCCUGAUGUGAAAUAUAUUGGCAUUAUUUUCAGCUUCCCUACCCUACUAAUAGAAGAUAAUUCUAAAGCAGGGGUGAGAAACAUGUGACCUUCCAGAUGUUGUACAGCUUGCAUCAUCCCUGUCCAUAGGACAUGAUUCAUGUUGCUGGUCUCACACGGGUGGCAGAAUCGUGCUGCCAACACCCACACAAGGCUGCAGCAGCAAAGGGAUUCAUGCCUUAGACACAUGCUUUAGGAGAAAUCCUCCUCCUCCUCCUCUAAUAUGGACUUUGUGUGUGUGUGUGUGUGGUGUUUUUUCAAUAAACCAGUACUGUAUUGCAUUUUCUGAUUAGCAUUGUUGAUGUUAUUGACAAUGAUAAUGUCAGUAACUGGCAUCUUGGAAUCCAGAUCUGAUGGUCAGAAAGAAAAAUAAUCUAUUUUAUUGUUGGUUGAGGAGACAAAGGUAGAGCUUAGACCCAUAGAAGAAGUCUGUUCAAGUGUGGGAACUGUCCACUGCUGAGCACUGUGUGCCCUAUUGGUAUAUGAAAUUUGAGUAGCGGUUUGUGGGUCUGUCUGUGCUUGUUUAACAUUUGUUCCCUUGGCUGACCAAGUGUGAAGGUUGCAGGCAUCACAUGCUGCCUCAGCAGACUAAUAGUGGCUAUGGUACACAUAAUAAUAUAGCCACCUGGAACUGCUGAUGAAGUCUUGGAAAAACAAAAUUAAAUUAGUAGGUGAGAUGUUGGCAGUUCAGGACCUCCUAAGAUAGUACUUUCAGAUGUGCUGUCUGUUUAUAUGCAGGGCUAGCUACUCAGGCAGAACUGUAGAGACUCAGUGCAAUGAUCCCUUGGGUCAUCUAGUCCAACCCCCUGCAAUGUAGGAAUCACAGCUAAGUCAGUUUAGUCAUGGGAGUUCCAUAGCUGCAAAUUAUUUCUUUAUUUAUUGUAAUAUAGGAAGUGAAGCAAGUACUCAUUUGUAUGUAUGGAUUUACUUCUUCCAUUGACAAUAAAAACAAAAACAGAUAUUGCUAGAAUCACUGCAGUAUUGAGCAUGGAAAUAACCAAGCAAAUGGUGCUACCUUGUUUCAGACUCCAAAUUCUGUUCUUAGGUGAAGUGCCACAUUUUAUCUAGAAGUAAGGCAGAAAACAGAUCAGCCAACCCUGCCCUAAAGCAUCAGAUUCCCGCCUUGAGAUUGUCCCUUGCUGUGCUCCUAUGCUCUUGCAGCCUCUUUGGCACCAAGUACUUUUCUUCAGUUGUGAUUGGUGUGGCAGCUGUGUCUCCUCCACACUCUGAUAAUAUCUUACUUAGACUACUGUAACACACUGUGUGCAGGAGCUGUAAAUACAGGAAGUAGCCUUAUACUGAGUCAGACCUAUUGUUGUUGAGAGACAGUGAAGUCCUCACAACAAACCUGUGAGGUAGAUUGCACUGCAAGAGAGUGGCUGGCCCAAAGUAAACUACUGCACUGAAUUCCCUGGCUAUGUGGGAAUUUAAACCCUUUGGCGCACCAACCAGUACACCACACUGGCUAUCAAAUUAAGUUUGCUUUGCUGUAAUUAUUCAUAGUCAUUUAUGUUUAACGUCUUUGUAGGGAUAGCCUCCAUACAUGCCUCUAAAUAAUGCAAGGAGGGGUUAAGAAUCCUGAAAAGUCACAAAACGUGACCCAAGCGUAACUCUUCUGACCUAUGAGAAGUGGAUUCUUGGCAUCCAUCUGUCUCAAGAGACAACGGAGUGCGCCUCCAGGAGUGAAAUCAAACCACUGUGUUGGCAGCACCGGUAACCUCCCUGGAGCGUGCCAUCCUAGGCAGUGUGCAUGGAGUUCCUGGGCUGCCUCAAUAACAAAACCUCCCUCUUGGCCUCACUGAAGCUGUCCAAAGGAAAGCAGAACAACACGUUUGGCAUCAGCUUGGCUGCAGGAGUUGCCAGAAGGAGACAUACAAGACAUCCAUGCAGCCAUCUUAGGGACCCCACUCUGGAUUUGUAUAGGGUUUACUCCUUAGCCUUGUCUUCUCCUCAGAGAUAUCCUGCAAGGCAACAAAGGUUUAGGAUAAGCGUUUUCCUUCUACAUGGGCUACCUUCCCCAGUUAAUGAAGCCUACCUGCCCCUUACCUCCCUCUACAGCACAUGCAGAAACCACCUUCUUGACCGUUGGACCCACUAUCCACCAGAGCCUGCCUUCACAGGCAGAGGAAGUCCCUAACUCACAGAGGGUUUGAGACCAUUGGCUACCCUCACCCUGCAAUCCAUGGGAUACAAUUAUCCCUUGGUAUAAAUCUUGGAAAAUUGGUUGCACUGGUAUUGCUUUCUAUGUCAAAUAGGUCAUUGAAUGCAAUAAAUUAGGAACAUUAAGAGAAACUAAUCGAAUCACACAAUCACUGCUGGUAGAAACAAGAGGUUAAAAAAGCAAAGUAGUACUGGGGACACCUUAGCAUUUCUUUGAUUGAAUCUUGAGAUAGAGAUAGGAUGGGGAGUGUGGAGGGUAGCCAAAAAGAGAUGUUGGGUGUGAUCACUUAUCCUUGCAUUGGGCUUGUUUGCAUGUCACAUGCAGCCACAAACUAUAGUUAGAUAAAUUACAUGAACUGUGUGCUAAUUCACACAGCUGGAACACUCCCACUUUGUUCCCUCCUUUAGUCAGAUGUGGGGAAUGAAACCAUAAGGUGAUUGGAUCAUAGUUAGUUUGUUGCUAAAUAAACUGCAAAUGCUGGUUUGGAUACAGUGCCAGGCCAACCACUCCCAUGGUAUGUUUCGCUACUCACGAGAGGAAGGAGUGAAAUAGGAAGUGCUGAGCUACAUGCAUCACCUAAUUCGACUAACUGUGGUUCAUAGUCAGCAUUGAGUCAAAACAUAACUACUGUCUGGUAAAUGUAUAUUCAGAUACUGGCAGCAUUAGCAUAUAAAACUAACCACAGUUUAGCACUACAUGGCGACACCUCAGCAAGCCAACAUUGCUGUGGGAGAAAUACUGAUAAAGAAAUCACAGAUAAGCUGCAUAAAUUAUUUGCAUUCUGAACCACUUUUUGAUGCAUCUGCAGAGUCAAGUCAAAUAGAUACGAGAGUAUAACAUCCUAGAAUUAACUCAUACCAGUCAGUUACCUAAAUAUUUUUGACUCAGAUGUGAAUUUGCUGCCUUUAAUAAUGUUUGCUGCCAUUAAAAUUGUCAUCUUUCUUGGAAGAUUAGAAGGUAGGCAAUGUAACAUCAUUAAAAUAAAAUAAAAAUAAUAUGAGGGAUGGAGAGCCAAAAAAUCACAGGCCUUUCCUCCUAGUUUAUGUCUCAAUUGGUAGAAGGUAUUAUUAAAGUUAAAAUUAUAGAAGAAUAAGCAAGCAGCAUGACAUCUAUAAAGGCAAGUCCUGAUUUGUUGACAUUUUUAAUGUCAAGGCGCAUAUACAUAUAUAGGGAUGGGCCAGUAGGCACUGUAUACUUCUUUUAACCAUGGUUUGUUUAACAAGCAAGGAUUCAACUCUCAUAUAUUUGUAUAGCAUGUAAUCUGUUUUGCCUUAUGUUGAUUUGUUGUGCCUCUGAACACCCAGCUAGUAUACAUACCAAAGUCUUUUUCAUUGCCCAAAGACCAGCAAGACACCCCUGAAAUGUCAAUUCUUCUACAUUUGUCUGGCUUCAAAACAUUCUUCUCUUCCCAAGACAUACGAGCAAAAAACAGUCCUAAAGCAUCCCUUUCUUCCUCCAUUUCUAGGCACAUUCCAUGAGAAGUGUUGUUAGCCUUUUUUUGUGAACUCGUAACCCUAUCAAAAAAAAUCAUUUCUUCUGCAGUCACGAGAGAGAGACUUUCUAUUAAUACAAAAACUUUACUUCUUUUUUUUUUAAAAAAUAAUAUUUAUUGAGAAUUUUAAAAUUACCAAAAAAAACAAAGAAAAAAAGAAGGAAAAAACAAGGAAAAAACAAAUAGCAAUUAAACAAUACAAAUCGAUAAAAGUCAAAAUCAAAAAACAAAACACAUAGCACAUCAAAAUCAAAAAGCAAAAAUAAACCACAAAAAUUUAAAAACAGAUCCAAUAUUCCCAAAUCCUUAACUGUCAUUACCUUAUUUCAUCGACCUCCUCACACCUCCCUUUUUUGUAUUCUAGUUGUUGAUUAUCACAGCAAAUCCUUUCCAUUUUUCAUAAUAUUCUGUCAUUAAAUUACCUUAAUCUAUUUUAACCUUAUCUUACCAUAAAAACCCUAAAACUUAAAACUUAAAUCUUAUUUAUACCAAUUUCUCAUAACCAUAGCAUAUUCUUACAUAGUUCUUUUUAACAUUUCUGCUAAAGCCAAAUAAUUUCGUUCCAACAUUUUUCUAAUACUCAUUAAUUUUACAAAACAUUCCUAAGUAGAAUUUUUAAAACUUUCUUCCAAUCUUCAUCCAACGUCUCUUCCUCCUGGUCUCGGGUUUUGUCAGUCCUCUCUAUCCCAUCCAUCUAGUUCAUUAACCUGGUAAUCUUAUGUCCGAGGCCCUUAAGUCUCUUCCAUGUCCCUUCUGCAGAUCUUCUUCAUAUUUAUACCUGUACUUUACUUUGUCUUCUGCUCCUUUCACUCGUGGAGACUCCAGCUUGACAAUAUUUUUGUCCCUUCUCGACAGAUCAGCCCCUUUUCCAUAGUCCACACUGAACUCCAUGUGGUAUUUAAAAGCAUGUUUCAAGGUCCCUCCAAAGUUGAGGACCCCACAACUCCAAACUCCUCCCGCCCCAAAGCCAGACUUGAAAAUUCAAAACAUCCCUGCAUAGGAGGUCUAUCCAGCCCCCCAUCUCCAAGCCAAACAAGACUCUAUCUCUCCAAAUCUGGCUUUUCCAGGUUCAUUCGUCAGAUCCAACAACUCAUGUUCCUGCUGGGCCACAGUUCCCUCCAUCUCUGCCUCCCGAGGUCCAGCAACAACCUCCUCCCUCAUCUGAUCUGUCAGAGCACACUCCUGGAUUAAUUCCUGAGUGGGUUCUAUAUAGAUACCCACUACCUGUCCAAAAUUUCUGAUCGCAACAGUCAUCAAAUCCGUCUUCUCAUGUAACUGUUCCAAUAAAGCACUUGUUUUGCAGAAAGCACUCACCAGAGCCUCCGAGUACAUUGUUGUGCAAGGUCAAAGUCUGAUCCCACGAUCUUAAUCUAUUGCAGCUGCAAAGCUCCCCAGUUCAGAUUUAAUAACAGUUUCACAAGCUCCCUCUAGGGGAAGAACUUCUAUUUGUAUCCAUCUCUCUCUUUUUUUUAAAAAGCAGAUCUAACAACAAAGUUUCCUUUUUCAGAUAUUUUGUCAGUAUUUUGUUCCUUUUAGAUGCGAAGGAGAACAAUGGAAUCACUUUGUUUCUCUUCUUUUAACUGUCUGUCAAAAACGUUUGUCUAUAGUCAAUGAACUUCACGAAAACGUCUGUCCUGACACCCCGCUCCCAGGUUCAAGACGGUGGAAAAUUACUUUUCUUUACACUCUCUUCUGCAGGUUUAAACAGUCCAGAAAAAAUCCCCCCUCUUCUCCUGCUUCCAAAGGGGGGGUUCAGUAAUUUUAGAUGAUGAAAGUUGAUCCUUUACAGACGAUUUUCUAAACUCUAGUUUGCCAUGUCUUUGCUUUAAUCUAUCUACAAGAAACGGAAGGCUGACUUCCUGUUUAGACCUUCCCGCUUCAGUGCCAAAUUAAAAGAAAUUUCUUAAUCCAAUUUUCCGUUCUACUCACGGGUCGUUGUUUAGAGUCCAAUUGUCCAAAUUUAACCUACUCACGGGUAGUUGUUUUUGUAGCCAGAUUGUCACAGGAAAAAGGUAGCGCUCUCCGGUAACAGCUGUGCGGCUUCGCUCCACGGAAGAAGCAGUUGACUCUCAGCACCGCGCCGCUUGCCCCACUUCACUCCGGAGCCCGUAAUUGGGUUCCUUUACGAAUUGGGGGCGCGCGAAAGGUGCCCGCUGAGUCUCACGGUCACAGGCUUCACCCGCCUGUGAUUUUUUAAAGGGUCCCCACUUCGCCGUAGCGGAACAGACCCGUUUUCCGUAGAGCCAGUCCCUCCGGAUCAGAGGGCGAUGGCGCCACCCCGGAAGUCCACAAAAACUUUACUUCUGAGCAAGAAGAAGCAACGGUGUUAGCAGUAACUUUGAUUUUUAGAUAUAAAAAGGGUGGGUGGAUUGUUGCAGAAACAGUAUAGUAGGAAUUAAAUGUGUGAUGGUGGUCAGGAGAGGCUUUCAGGCCAAACUGCAUUUAUGUUGGUUGGACUUUGAUGUAAUGUGCUAAGAGCAAAGGUUUGUGUCUAACAUAUAGUUCUCAUUGUGUCUAACAUAUAGCUCUCAUAAUAGAUCCCUGUGCAAAUUUAAAUUUUGGGGUGCAGAGCUUACCAGCAAGGAAGUGGUUGGGGAAAGUAGUCUAUUGCUAAACAGAAUGAGGAAGGAGGAAAAGGUCUGUGAAAGUGCCAGUGAGUGUCCUUCAGCCAUGUAAGCAUUUUUGUUUUUUAGCUGCUUUUCCCUCUCAUUACUGUAGUAAGACAAGGUAUAGUGAUACAGAAAUAGAAUUAAAGUAGAAUACUGAGCUUGGACAUAAUGUCAAAUCACAUUUAAUGCAAGCCAAGAUUCACAAAACAACUUCAGGCAUGCUUUGAAAUCCUGGUUUGUUGGCCCCAAAGUUAGUGAGCCAAGUUAGGUUUGGAUGUAUAAUGAAGCCAAAGGAUUUGGAUUUAUAAUCAGAGUAUAUGGGUAAAAAUUGUAGGAAAGGUAAACAACAGUGGUCUUACUGUGUCUUCUAUAGACCUCCAAGCCAGACUGAGGACUUGGAUGAUGCCUUCAUAGAGCAGAUCACCAAACAUUCAAAAAGAGAGAUAAUAGUAAUCACGGAAUACUUCAACUACCCCAAUAUCUUUUGGAACUCAUACUCUGCUAAGAAUGUAAGGUUCAACAAAUUCCUCAAUUGCUUCACUUUCCCACAUUUCCAGAAGGCCGAGGAAGCAACAAGGGGGUCAUCUCAACUUGGUCCUCAUCAACAUUGAGGAACUGAUUGACAAAGUGAAAGUACAGGAAACCUUGGUAGGAAGUGAUAAUGUCCUCUUUGGUUUCAUUAUGCACAAGCAAGGGGAGGCUGAGUGUAGUUGGACAUGCAAUCUGGACUUUAAGAAGGCUGAUUUCAAAAAGCUUAAGGAACUACUGGGUGAAUUUCCAUUGUAAGAAAUACUCAGAGAAGGGUUUACUAGCAUACUAAAGGAACUUGCAAGUGUAAUCUCAGAGCCUCUGUCUAAAAUAUCUGAUAAUUCUUGGAGAACAGGUGAGGUCCCUGCAGAUUGCAGGUGUGCACAUGUUGUCCCCAUCUUCAAAACAGGGGAGGCAGAACAUCCAGAUAACUACCAACAAGUGAGCUUGACAGUGAUGCUAGGAAAGUUCCUAGAACAGCUAAGUUAAACAGUCGGUCUGUGAGCACUUAGGAUAGGACACUGUGAUUAGCAGGGGCUUCUCAAAAACAAGUCAUGCCAGAUGUGGAUCAGGGGAAUAUUGUGGAUGUAAUGUAUCUUGAUUUUAGUAAGACUUUCAAGAAAAUUCCCCAAUGGUAUUAUUGUGGAUAAGGUUGUAGAAUGUGGACUGGAUGAGAUAACUGUUAGGUGGAUUUGUAGCUGGUUGACUGACCAAACCCAAAGAAUGCUCACUGUAUAGAUGCCUUUUUUAAAAUGUUAGCACAGUCUUGCAUGAAACUGCACAUGAACAGCAAUAUUAGCCAUGAUAACUAAAUAAAGCACCUAUGUUUUGGGCACCAUCUAAAUAGCAAAUGUAGGGACUCACAGCAAGGAGAAUCCUGCUUAGCAGGCUUUAUGGUAGCAUCUGACUAGCAACUGUUGGAAAUAAGAUGCAAGACUAGAUGGAAACCUUGGCUUGGCAGGGCCUUUAUGCUAUUGACAAACUUUAAGUUGUUUUUAUUUUAAAUGUUUAGGGGGUGGGUAACUGGAGGACCACAUCACAGCUAUCUCCAGAUGGACAGCAUUACUUGAUCAGAAUGAAGUUUUAAUUUGUAUUUCUCUUGCUUUACAGCUUUCAUCCAGUCAGAUAGCAUAAUAGAAGUUCUACGCUUUGAUGAAGGAGGCUUAUUACAGGUAAAUAUUUUUUAUUAAAAUAAAUGGGUCUGUCCUGUAUUGCUGUUGUGUGUAGUAAAAUUUCUUUAGUCUGCUGUGUUCUCUUGAAGCCUCUUAAUGAAGAAAUAAAAUUGAUGGCCGGAACUUCAAGUCUAACUUGACUCACUCAUCUUUUCCAUCUGGCCCCUUGCAUAUUUCCAGUGUUCAAUUAUUUUGGGCUGAAUCCAAUUGUGUAAUGUUGCUAAACAAGAUUAUUUACUUGAAAGCUGAGACUGCAAUCUUAUGCACAUUCAAUCCUAUGAGUUUGGUGGAGGAUAGAUAGAUAGAUAGAUAUACAUAGACAUACAUACAAACAUGAGUUCAGUAUCUUUUAUAUGAACUUGAGUGGAUGAUCCUGGUGAAAUAGUAUAGCAUAUAGCAUCAUCUUUAUGAUUCCAGUACCUUCAAAUUCUCAUUAGCACCUCAUUAGAGUUGCCCUACAGAUAGCAGCAUAAACUGGUGUUUAUAUAUUUCUUAUUUAUUUGUUGAACUUAUAUACCGUCCUAUACCCAGAGGUCUCAGGGUGAUUUUAUAUAGGUUGGGAGGGGCUUUGUGUAUAUGAUUGUGAGAAGAACAAAAGCAUUGGUGUGACCCAUAGCACAGCUUACAGUUUGCGCACUGUUCACAGAAAUGGUUCCCUGUUCUGCGAUUAAAUUUAAACCCUUCUAUACCUUAAUGCAGAGGUUUUCAACCUUUUUGAGCCCACAGCUUCCUUGACCAGCUACACUCUUUCUCCGGCUCCCCUGUGGGGAAAUGGGCUUCAAGCCUCAGAAGCUCAGUUAUGCCACCCCUUGCCUGCAGAGCCGCCAACCCAUCACCCCUUUUCAACCACCCCCCUUGUGGAGUGUUCCCUCAAUCCAUUCACCUCCCCUCACCUUGGGAGCCCUCUGAGCAGCCACUGCCACCGUCCCUGGUCUCUGAGCUGUCCCCCCCUGCCCCAAAGAGAGGUGCUUCCUCACACCGCCCUGCAGGGGCCUGGGAAGAGGAUGCCCCCCCAUAGACAUACCAAGACUACCUUUUGAAUUAAGAGACCACCUGGAGAAGGUGAUACCACCGACAGAACAGGAACAAGCACUUGGAGCAGUUGGAGGAGAAGUAAAGUAACUACAUCAUGGCUCUGCAACUAUUAAGCUGGAAUUGUAAUGGUCUGAACUCCCCUCAGAAAAGGAAAUCUGUGUUUCAUUUAUUAAAAAAGGAACAAUUGGACUUGAUUUGUUUACAGGAAACACAUGUAACAAGGCUACACAGGAAAGUAUUGAUCAAUAAAAGACUGGGCCAGGAAUUUAUUUCUUCGGAUAAAGUUAAAAAAAGAGGAGUAGUGAUUUAUGCAAAGGAGAGACUAUUACCGAAAUUUAUCUUCAAAGAUGACCAAGGAAGAUUUGUGGCAAUUGAAAUUCAAAUACAAGGAGAAAAAUUCUUAAUAGUAGGAGUUUAUGCACCAAACGAGGGGAAAUCUGAAUUCUUUAAAAAGUUGCAUGAGACCUUGAUGGACUAUUUGGAUUAUAAUGUGAUUUUGAUGGGAGAUAUGAACGGAGUGGUAUCUACACAUAUGGACAAGGCACAAAGACGGGUAGUCACUAAAGAUGGUAGACUACCGAAAACCUUCUUUGAGAUGACAGACAACUUGGACUUAGUUGAUAUUUGGAGAACAAAGAAUUCCUUGGCCAGAGAGGGAACCUUCUUCUCUGAAGCCAAACUGACAUGGACAAGAAUUGACCAAAUAUGGGUAACUAGAGGAAUGGCACCAAAGAUAAGAAAAGCGGAAAUCUGCCUAAAAACCUGCUCCGACCAUAAUGCUGUUAAGAUGGAAAUGAAACUAACACCAACCGGUUCCUUCAGAUGGAGGAUGAAUGAUACCUUAUUUAGAGAUGAAGAAGUGAUUAAGAAGGCCCAAAAAACCUUGAGAGACUAUUUUGAGAUAAAUAUGAACACCAAUGUUGAAAAACGGGUAAUCUGGGACGCAAGCAAAGCUGUUAUGAGAGGGUUCUUGAUACAACAGAAUGCAUUAAAGAAGAGAAUCCAAAAUGAGAAGAAGGAUAAAAUAUUGGAGAAAAUAAAGGAAAGUGAAAAGAAAUUGAGAGCAAAACCAAAGUCGCAAGAGAUUUUGAGAGAAAUAAAGUUACAUCAAGUACAAUACAUGAAAAUGAUGAAUCAGGAGAUAGAAUGGAAAAUUAAACAAAUGAGACAAAAGACAUUUGAGUCAGCUAAUAAAUGUGGGAAAUUGUUGGCUUGGCAAAUGAAAAAAAGACAAAAAUUAAAUACUGUUACAAAUUUAGAAGUGGAAGGAAGGAACAUACAGAACCCAGCUGAGAUUAGAAAUUGUUUCCAGAGGUACUUUAAACAACUAUAUACACAAGGGCCACAGAAAGAAAUUGACGUAGACGGAUUUUUGAAAACAAAUGGAUUACAAAAAAUCUCUCAAGAAAAUAAAUUAAUGUUGAACUAUAAAAUAACUGAACAGGAGGUAGAAGGUGCCAUUCAGAAUAUGCAACUAGGUAAAUCUCCAGGACCGGAUGGACUGACUUCUAGAUACUACAGAUCUUUAAAAGAAUGGUUAGUACAACCUUUAAAAGAAGUCUGUAACGAAAUAAUGGGUGGGAAAAGGGCACCAGAGUCGUGGAAAGAAGCGUAUAUUACACUUGUACCGAAAACAGAGACUGAAAAGACGCAGCUUAAGAACUACCGCCCCAUAUCACUGCUCAAUGUGGAUUAUAAAAUCUUUGCAGACAUUUUGGCUAAAAGACUAAAAAGAGUGCUAGUGGAAGAGAUACAUAAAGAUCAAGCAGGCUUUCUCCCGGGUAGACAUUUAUCUGAUAAUGUGAGAAACAUAAUCAAUAUUUUAGAAAAAUUACAAGUGAAUAUAAAUACUAAGGCAGUUUUGAUAUUUGUGGACGCGGAGAAAGCUUUUGACAACAUUUCUUGGAGUUUCAUGAAGAAGAACCUACAGGGGAUGGGGGUAGGCCAAGGCUUUGAAAACGGUAUAAGUGCAAUAUAUUCAGAACAAAAGGCUAAAUUAAUUGUAAAUAAUGUGGUGACGGAGGAAUUCAAGAUAGAAAAAGGGACACGACAAGGUUGCCCAAUCUCCCCAUUGCUUUUUAUAUCGGUCCUGGAGGUCCUGCUGAAUAUGAUUAGAAGGGACCAACUGGUUAAAGGUGUACAAGUCGGAGCUAAACAGUACAAAUUGAGAGCAUUUGCAGAUGACUUAGUAUUGACACUACAGGAGCCAGAAUCUAGUACUAAAAGGGUUUUGGAACUGAUUCAAGAAUUUGGUCAGGUUGCAGGAUUCAAGCUGAAUAAGUUAAAAACAAAGGUCUUAGAGAAAAAUUUAACAGCGAUUGAGAGAGAGAGGUUUCAGAAUGAGACAGGUUUAACAGUGGUUAAGAAAGUGAAAUACCUGGGGAUUAACAUGACAGCUAAAAAUGGGAAUCUAUUUAAAGACAAUUAUGAAAAAUGUUGGGCUGAAGUGAAGAAAGAUUUAGAAAUUUGGUCAAAUUUGAAGCUUUCACUGCUAGGCCGUAUUGCUGCGAUAAAAAUGAAUGUAUUGCCUAGAAUGUUGUUUUUGUUUCAAACAUUGCAAAUUUUGGACAAAAUGGAUUGCUUCAAGAAGUGGCAGAGAGAUAUCUCUAGAUUUGUCUGGCAGGGCAAGAAGCCCAGAAUAAAAUUUAAAAUCCUAACGGAUGCAAAGGAAAGAGGUGGAUUUGCCCUGCCAGACCUUAAACUUUAUUAUGAAUCAGCAGCUUUUUGCUGGCUGAAAGAAUGGCUGCUUCUUGAAAACACAGACAUUUUGGACUUAGAAGGUUUUAAUAAUGUAUUUGGAUGGCAUGCAUAUUUGUGGUAUGAUAAGGUCAAAGCACAUAAAGCAUUUAAAAAUCAUAUUGUCAGGAAAGCAUUGUUUAAUGUCUGGAUAAGAUAUAAGGAUCUAUUGGAAAAUAAAACCCCAAGGUGGCUGUCACCGAUGGAAGCGAAAGCUCAGAAAAAGCUCAAUAUGGAGGCCAAAUGGCCGAAAUAUUGGGAAAUUCUGGAACAAGAGGGAGAUAGAUUGAAACUGCAGAGCUUUGAGAAACUAAAAAACAAAGUGCGAGAUUGGCUUCAUUAUUAUCAGAUAAUGGAGGCAUAUAAUUUGGACAAGAAAAUUGGCUUCCAGGUGGAAAAAUCAAAGUUAGAAACAGAACUGUUAGAACCCAAAACUAAGAUUUUGUCAAAGAUGUAUAACUUGCUGUUGAAAUGGAAUACUCAGGAUGAAACGGUGAAAUCUGCUAUGAUUAAAUGGGCACAAGAUGUUGGACAUAACAUAAUGAUGGCUGACUAGGAACAGUUAUGGACCACAGGUAUGAAGUUUACGGCAUGUAAUGCUCUAAGAGAGAAUAUUAUGAAAAUGAUAUACAGGUGGUACAUGACCCCAGUCAAGCUUGCAAAAAUCUAUCAUUUGCCCAAUAAUAAAUGUUGGAAAUGUAAAGAAACUGAAGGUACAUUCUUUCACCUUUGGUGGACGUGCCCAAGGAUUAAGGCUUUCUGGGAGAUGAUUUAUAAUGAAAUGAAAAAGGUAUUCAAAUAUACCUUCUUGAAGAAACCAGAGGCCUUUCUCCUGGGCAUAGUCGGCCAAUUGGUGCCAAAGAAGGACAGAACUUUCUUUAUGUAUGCCACAACAGCAGCAAGAAUACUUAUUGCAAAAUAUUGGAAGACACAAGAUUUACCCACCCUGGAAGAAUGGCAGAUGAAGGUGAUGGACUAUAUGGAAUUGGCGGAAAUGACUGGCAGAAUCCGAGACCAGGGAGAAGAGUCGGUGGAAGAAGAUUGGAAGAAAUUUAAAGACUAUUUACAGAAAUACUGCAAAAUUAAUGAAUGCUAGAAUGAUGUCAGAAUGAAGUUAAGUGGUUUUAGCAGCAAUGUUAUAAAGGUGUAUGUAAAAAUGGAUUGUUAAUAGGUGAGAAUCUAAAGCUAUAAUUUAUUAAGUUAAAAGAUUAAGACAAAAACAAAGAGGGAAAGGAAUUGCUGAAUUAACCAAUUGAACUGGAAUACAAAAAAGGGAGGUGAGAGGAGGUCAGGGAAGCAAGGAAAUGAAAUGUAAGGUUUGGAAAGAUUGAUUUGUUUUUAAGUGUUUUUUAUCUUUUUUCUGUAUUUUGUAUUUUUUCUCUUUUUUAUUUUUUCUUUUGUUUCUUUUCUUUUUAUCUAUGUAAUCUAUUGUUUUUGAAACCUUAAUAAAUAUCAUUUAAAAAAAAAAAAGGAAGAGGAUGCCCCCCCCAGCCUUAGUAGACUGACCAAAGGUGAAUAUGAGGCCAACACAUUACUCACCUUAGGAGGCAGCACUGGCAGCCGCUGGGCCUGCACGGUGGAAAGGCUCCUCUUCGGUGUUGGGCACUCAGCUCCCAGGCAGGCAUUGCACACAGCAAGCACAAAAAAGGCCAGCAUGGUACCUGCCUGCCUGGCCUCCCAUUUUGUCUGUCCAUUCCCAACAGCAAAGGCUGGUGGACUGUCUGUCUGGCUUGGCUCCCUCAUCCACUUGCUUGCCUACUCCAAGGCCGCCUCAGCUCCUGGCAACCAGCAGCCCCUGGCCAGCGCCAGAGGUACCAUUCGCCUGGGGAGCUUGUAGCCAGGACUGCUGCAACAAACAGCCACACAAGCCUUUGGGAGGCAGAGAUGCGAGAGGACAUCAGAGAAGGGAAGGAAGGAAAGAGGGACAGAGGCUAGUGUUGCCUGCGGCACCCCUGACCAUCCUUCAAGGCAUGGUUGCUAGUUGGCUGCAGCAGUUUCAGGCAGAAAACGGAGGGAAAUCACACAAAUAACGGAGUAGAAAUGCUCCCAUACAAAAUAAUGGAAGUCUGUCACCUAAGAAAUGAUUUCCUGGAAGUGCAUUGUGUUUGGAAACUGGGACCUGUGUGUACAUAUCUAUGCAGGGCAGCUGAGACACAGUGAGGGAUAAAAGAUUAAAUUAACCAAACACGCAUUAGCUUGUCUCUUAAAAGUUAUGCUACUAUACUUAGGAAAUAAUUCUCAAGUAGGUGUUUCAGCUUGUUAUUUGAAGUGGAAAAUUUGAAUGGGCCAAUGGCCUGACAUUAGUGGUAACGCACUUGGGAGUAAGUUGUAUUGAACUUCUUUACUUCUAUAGUACAUCUGAGCAGUGCUUUUUUUUUCUUUCUAAAAAAAUGUUUAGGGGUACUCUCAUUUUGACUCAAGAAAAUCACCAUUUUAUAGUUCAAGUUGGGGAAAAUAAAUACAGUAAAAAGUACAAAGAUCACAAAAUGUUUAGGGGUAUGCGUAUUCCUGCAUCCCCCCCAGAAAAAAGCAUUGCAUUUGAGUAAAGAUGCAUAGAACUGUUCUGUAAAUUAUCAUAUGAUAAACUGGGCCGUAGUGCUUCUUUAUAAGACUCCUUGACAAGAGCUAAGAGGUUUUGAAUAAUUCGAAGCUGAUAUUUUGGGCUUCAAUCCUACCUCCAGUUACUUGAGAGUAAGUCCCAUUGAAUUCAAUAGGACAUUUCUGAAGAGAAACACAGUUAGGAUUGCACUCUUAAAGAGUUGGAUUUGAGAUUUACGCAAGCUACCGUGUAUUCUGAUUGCUUAUCAAUAAAUUUUCAAGGAACAUACUUUGUUGCUGAAAUUUGCUAUUCUUUUCUUUUCAGACUGAGACAACGAUUGGCCUCAGUUCAUAUCAGCAGAAAAGGUAAGAUUUUCUACAGUCCAUUGUUUCCUUUAAUUCCAAACAAUGCUUAAAAUUAUCUCAUAAUUUGAAAAUGUUUGACUGUUUCGGUGAACCAAACUAUUAACAUUGUUUGCUUAAUCCAAGGAAAUUAUUUUAUUUCUUUAGAGGAUUGCUAUUCCACCUUUUAAUUCAGUGCUCGGAGGAUAAUCACAAUUGUCAGUAUAUGUAUACAUUGAUACGUGAUCGUUUGUAUGAAAUGGCAUUUACAGAGUAGCUAUUGAUGAUACUUUUCUCAUCUCCUGAACAUGGUGCCUUGUUGGUAGAGGCAAGGUUGUCAAGUCUUAUAUUAAAGACAUUUAACUACCUCCUCAUGUGAUCAUAUGAACUGGCAUUGGUAAUCUUGAAAGCCAUGAAGGUAUCCUGACAAUCAUGGGAAUAUCAAAUAAUUACAUAGGUUUCUAUCAUUUAAAAUCUCUCCAGCCCAGUUAGCCACAAUUUCUGGAUAACCAUAUUGUGUGGGGGGGCGGGGGUUUAUCAUGUAUUUCUCCCUUCUACAAGUCCAGAAUCAUGCUGAAAACUUUGGAAAGGGGGGAUGUUUGCAAUUGGGCUAGAGUUGGACUCUUGUAAGAGAUAUAAGCAGUAUGUUAACUGCUUCUGUCUUCUGCAAAAGUCCUGUAGGGAAGAGAGAUAAAUCACUUCUCCUUUCCUCCAUGGAAAAUGAAGAAAACAGAGGUGGCAUCUCUCCCAUGAGCAAGACAGAAAGUACAAGGAUAUUCAUCUGAUGGUGGAGUGUUAUUUGGAACUGUGUUUCUCCUUGUAGAUGCCAUUUUAUUUGACAGGAUGUCUGUAAAAUGUGGGUGUAAUGGACAGCUCAGGUAGACCAGAGUCUGUUGGUGCAGUGUGGUGAAAUUCUGCCAGAGUGGUGUAGCUGGAGUGCUGGGCUGGAGAUCACUCUUUAAACCUCUUUUGUUGGUAUUUGGCUUUCCAUUCUUAAGUUGGGAAUAGAGUAGUUGCUUUGGAAGAUAAUAAUCAGGCAUCCAAACAACAUGACCAAUCUAACGAAGUUGAUGUUGAAGAAUCAUUGCUUCUACACUAGUGAUCUUUGCUUCUUCCAGUACACUGGCAUUAGUUCGCCUAUCUUCCCAAGUGAUGUGUAAAUUUUUUCAGAGACACUGUUGAUGGAAUAUUUUGAGGAGUUGGAGAUUUAUAAGUGGUCCGUGUUUAAGCAUACAGCAAAGUUAGUAGUACAAUAGCUUUGUAAACAAGCAUUUUGGUUUCCCUGCGAAUGUUCGGUCCUCAAACAUUCUGCACUUUAAUUGGGAGCAUAAACUGUAACAUCUCUGAGGUUAGCUUAGCUUAAGGAACUGAAUAUACGCUGUGCAUGUACCAUCUUGCUGAGAAGCCUGUAACAUCCACCAAAGUUUAUAGACAGACAGACAGAUAAUAGAAUUCUUUCAAGAAACAGUAACUGUCUCUUGACACAUCUUUUGUUUUACCAAUUUUGUUGUAAAAUACUGUAAAAUCUUUUUUUCUUGUUUAACUCCCCUAAGUCUCCAGUUUUCUUUAAAAAGCUAAAACAGCCAAUAGGAAAAGGGGGCACCCCUCAGUAGACCUCGAUAGGGGUUAGAGGAAAGCUGCUUAUCUGACAGUUCAGUUCUAAAAAGAGACAGAGUACUACAUUACAGCAAAAACAUUUACAUAUCUUUCUUCAAAAAGGGUAAUGUGUGUUGAAUACAGCUGCUUGUUAUGUAAAUGUCACUGUGCCCAAUUAAGAGCCACUUGUCAGUAGGUGCAGCUGGAUCACACACUAGCUUAGCAAUGGUGUUGCCAUUUUGCCAUUUGUAAAGGCUUAUAAUUGUACGUUAGGAGGGUAAUGAGCUCAGUAGUAUUUAGUCCAAUGAAAUGACAUAAUUCACAAUAUCCAAACUUUCUUUCCUAUCAGUUCAUAUUAGAAAAAGCCUGUGGUUUUCAGCUUUGGUGUGUUGCAAGUGAUACAAGCAGCUAUAUGGACACUAGUUUUGGUGUGUUCCAGACGAUAGUAACAAUUAGCUAUGGCAUCAUAAUGCCCAGGAGAGUGAUAUAAUUCAUGACUGAAAGGAGGAGAGGUGUGCAGAGUAACAGAGAUGAAAUUCAUAUAUGCUUUUCUCUUUGGGUUGAAAUUCAUAUAUGCUUCUCUCCUUAGCACUGGAAAUUCCUGUCUGCAUCUCACAUGUAUUUUUUGCUAGCUAAUCACUAGUGCGUCCACAGUAGUUGUAAAGCUACUUUCAAGUAGUCUUCCUGUACUUAUUAUUUAUUUAGUUAACUUAGGGACCAUUUGCUAUAUAUAAAAAAGUCUAAAAAACUACAAUAAGGAGUUGAAGAGUCAAAGACACAAAGCAUGGAAUUAAAAAAAAUGUUCCUAUUGUAGUUGGAAGAUUGCAGUUGCAAGAUUGUAGUUGUUUUUUUACUUUAUUUAUGGGUAUAUAGAUAUCUUUGUUUUAGGCACUGAGAUCAUGCAUAGCAUGCUGGAAUCCUUCAAAUUAAAGUGGAAAUUUGUAAAACAUUUUAGCUGUUUCGUCUAAGCUUGAAGUAGCAUGAUGAAACUGUCAGGUCAUUUAAAGGCACCAGAGGAAACAGCUAGCUAAUGCAUUUGAACAUUCAUUUGGUUUUUACAUAGGUAUAUAAAUAUUAGCUUAGCUUCUACACUCACUUUCUACUCUACUUUUGAAAUGCCAGAUUUAAAUUUACAAGAAGACAUAUGAACACUAAUUUCCAAAAACCAAACAGAAACCAGGAGCAUUCAGUCACUUAACUUGAUAUCUUAACCUCUCCAUUUGCAUCAAAUGUUAUUUUAAGAAUAGUAAAUUUUCAGUUACUUCUGUUGAAUAUUUGCUAAACAAUAAAAGAGGAAGUACUGUCAGGUCAUUGAAUCUAUGCAAAUUGUUGUGAAGCUACCGGUAAUUGUUACUAAAAAUGCAAGGAAUGGCACUAUGAUCUAAAGGUAUUCAAUAUUUUAAGAGCCUAAGAGGACAAACCUAUACUCACCUAGGUAUAAGUCCAAUUGCACUUAAUGAGGCAUACUUUUGAGUGGGCAUAUAUAGAAUGGCAUCCCAAAGAGUCUUUGGAAACAUCAAGAGAAAAGUUAAUUACAGGUCCAGGAACAAAUAGCAUGAUAAAUUUACAGUUGCAGUGCCUAAAAAUAUAUAUAAUGGAUGAGUUGAGAUAAAUUUGCGUCAUCAGUAGUAUCAUAAACAAUUACCACAGCUGUUGUCUUCCUGCUUCCCUAAGGCCAGGCCUACUGUGAGUUGUAAGGAACCCACUAUCUCAGAUAUGAUGAAAGGUCUAAUUGAGGGGAAUCCUCAUCCCUUCUGUCACUCAUUAGGCCAAGGGUGGGGAAAUGGAUGUGACCAGUGAGGCAGAACUUUAUCUCCCCUACUCUGCGUGGCCAUGUCUGACAGAUGGGCAUGGCUAAUCACCUCUCAGUCAUCGGACAUCACAAUGGUAUUGGGUGACCCAUUUAUGACCCUUGCAAUUUUUGGCAUUUGGAAGCCCCAACAAUCACCCGGUAGUACUUUGAAAUAGAUUCAAAGAUUGAUUGAAUAUGCAGAACUAGACAGUUUGUCUGAAAAAAUAAAGAACAAACCAAAACUGGUAUUUGUAUCUAAAUGGGAAGGCUUCAAAAUAUAUCUGAAAAAUAAUUACAGUAGCUUAAACUCUGUUGCAGCAUUUGAUUAACUUCAGUAGUAGCUUUAAGAAUGAUGUGAGACCUAAGAUAAAUUAAGAUGAAGUUAAAUUAUGAUAAUAGUUUGUAUUGGCAACAGUUUGUGUAUCUGAAUUAAGGAGUAGACGGGAAGUCAUUUGUGUCUUUGAGUCUGUUUGUAUUAAGUCUAUUUGGUUUUGUAUGGUAUAGAUGUAAUGGGUCCCCCCCCCUUUUUUCUUUAUGUAUUACAAAAAAUCAAUUUUUUUUUAAAAAAAAGAUAGUACUUUGAAGUGCCACUCAGGGCUCCCUGUAAGAACAGACAACCAGCUGAUUUUUCAGAGACUUCAAACUACCGGUACUUUUUGGCCCAGCUGUGACUUUACUUGCCUCAUACAUCAGGUGUAUGUAGGUGGGCAUCGGUUGGCCAAAACUGCCUCACAGACCAAAUGGAAAAACCUGGCUGCCAGAGAUUCUCCACUACUGUGUUAGACAGUCCAAUUUAUUUGCUAAUUAUAAUUGGUCAUCACAAAGCUACAAUCAAUUUGGGAGAUGCGUGUUCACCUAUGUUGAUCCCCGUAUGUUGGGCCCUGUUUUAGUGAGAUAUACUGUAGUGUAUAGUCAGUCAGUAAAUAACAGAUCCCAAGAAGCAGCAAUGGGAGUGUGGUUUUCAACCCCCUGACAGUUAUGCUAUGAAAUACCACAGGCCGUGUUUUAUUUCCAGUGUUUUUAACAUUCAUAUGUAGUCAUUGGGAACCAUGAUUAGGAUAUUUGGGUCAAGGUGCCAUUGGUAUGCUGACAAGAUUCAGCGCUAUUUCUCCAUAACAUCUGAAUCAAGAGAGAUCAUGCAGACUCUGGAACAUUACCUGGAUGCAGGAAAUUAAGCUGAGCUUGAAUCCUGGCAAGACAGAGGCUCUAUGGGCGAGUGGUUCUCAUAUCUGAAAAACUGGCCAGCUGCUUGCCCUAGACAGAGCUGCACUCCCUCUUAAAGAACAGGUAUGCAAUCUGCAAGUCUUCCGGGAGCACUUUUUAUUAUUUCAGCUAGUACAACAACUGGACCUGAUAGCUUGAUCACAGUAGUCCAGAAAUUGGUAAUUUAAAGGCUGGAUUACUGCAGUGUGGGACUUUCCUUGCACUUGGUCCUGAAACUGUAGUUAGUACAGAAUGCUGCAGUAUGAUUAUUGUCAGGAGCAAGUUCCUAUUAUUCCUCUGCUCAAAUAUCUGCAUUGGCUGCCAGUUUGUUACAGGGCCAAGUUCCACGUUUAUUAUCAGUAUUCAAAGCCCGUAACAGCUUGUGAUCAGUUUACUUGUCUUGCCCCAUAUAUAUUUUCAUACAUACAUACAUACAUACAUACAUAACUCAGCAUAGGUGUUCCAGUCAGUAUAGUAGGCAAUACUGAGCUAAAUGGGCCAAUGAUCUGAUCUGGUAUAAAAUUGCCUGGGUUUCUACAUUGGCUGGAUAGUGUAGAGAAGAGAUGCACAACCUGCAGCCAUCGUCAGAUGCAUGGAAUGGUGAGAGGAGAGAGGGGAACCCUCUGUAAGCAAUCAGUUCAGACCUCUGGUAAGAGUAACCUAUCCCUUCCACAGCAACCUGUCCAGUGCAGGCAUGUAGUGUCCAAGGGGAUUUGGCCCUCAGGGGAAAAAACAAAGUUCUCCACUCCUAGAGUAUGAUCCUCUCUUCGGGUAGAAGAGUUCCCAGGUUCAGAUCUUGGAUAACCUUGCUCAGGGUGGGAAGGCUGACUGUACCUUUAAUGAAGCAUUCAUUCAUGGAACUAUCUGUUCGUUGUUAAUAGGCCAGGUAAACAAAAGUUAUGACUGAAGGUGCUUGAAUACACCUUUGAGUGCUGCAGGCACAUGCUGAGUCAGUGCUAGGUGGGGACUUCCAUAAGUUUGCACUGAACAGAUGCCUUAACAUGGCUUUAAAAGACUUGUUCAGCACAAGGAAUGCAGUUCCUCCCCCCUCACACACACACAGUUGUCCUGUAAUAGUCUAUAAUUUUCUUAAAGACUGGAGGUGGUAAUAAUUUGAUUUUGGGGGCAAGAAUUCCCAGUAAUCUACGUCCAGUAAUUAAGCAGUGUGUGUGUGUGUGUGUGUUGCAAGUAGUUACAGCAUGUUACUGAUAUGAUAUGCAGGUCUGGGACAAGACGGCACCUUGCAUAAACUUCUGCUUAUAGGCCUUUUCUGUUUGAGCCAAAUGUUAUUACCUGUGCUAUGUCUGCUCGUUAAGAGUGGAUUUUUAAGUUUGUAGUUAAAGUACGUGAUCUAGACACACUGUGCCUUUGCCUAAGUUGCAGACACUCGUAGACAUAAAACUUGAAAAAUGGAAAGUAGGGCAGAAAACUACUAUCUGCUAUGUGAGAUUCUCUCAUCAUAUUUCUUUUUUUCUAACAAACAUCAAAGGGUCCACUUGUUCCAGUUGCAUAUUAGCCACUAAGCUCCAAACAAUAGUACAAUUACUAGAAUAAAUUUAACAAUAAAGUAAAGUAUUUGUAUAGUGUAGGGCAUCUGCUAGUCAGCCUGCAGUCUCUCCUGUGGUGUAAUAAGAUUGUUGUUUCUGUACUAGACUUCUUUGAAACUCCCCAUAGCUAAGAUCAUGAUGGAAAAGGCAAUUCAGAUAUUGGUAAAUAUUUUUUAUUAUGAUUAUGAACAGCCCGAUAGGACUAGACACAAGCAGUACAGAAGUUCUUUGGUAACUAAGCAAGACUCUGUGUUCAUUUUAAACCUUAAAUGUCAAUAAUGUAAUCUUAGUUUCUAAACUUGAAUACACACCCACACCCACACACCUCUACAUCCUUCUCUGUGCAGAGCAGAAACAGGAAAAGAGUGAAUAUUUUAUCAGUGAAGGUGUGAUCAUUUACUUGGGCACCAGCAGGAGUUUGCCAUUUAAGGACAAAAAGUUAACCUCAGCUGCUUCUGAUGAGAAGAAUUACUCUCAUAUAUUUUGUAUUUUUACAUCGUUGCUGCUUCCAGUUGCCUAUGAUGAAUUUUAGUUUUGAAAUGGAAAGGGUCUAGAAAUUUUCAAGAAGGGUUUGCAGCAUAAACUACUUUGAGUGUUUUCUAGCAGAGCCUGAAAUUGUCUUCAGAAUUUUAACCUUAAGUUGAAUAAAUCUGAAAGCUACCAUGAUGUCCUUGUGCCUACCAAUUCAGGGGUUGCAUAAUUCUGUUGAGCUUGUUUGUGACCUUGUGUUCUGUUUUUUGUUGCGUAGGUUCUUAAGUAUAUUAUGGUUGGAAUGUGGUUAUGCUGUUAGCAUUGAUCAAGACUUAAUCUUCCACUUCCAAAGUGGGAGGAAUAUACUGUAUGUUUUUAUUUUAUUCAAAGUUAUUAGUGCGCUUUAUUGCUCCCAAGUUUUCAACAGCAAGUUUUCACACUUAAAGCUGAAGACAGUUUAACUUGCUCAUGUCUCACAUAUUUUGCUUGAAAGCUCUUUUGGGGUUGGUCCCUAUCUGUUGCUUGGUUAUGAAACUUUCAAGCACAAUGCAGGAUAGAUAAAAAUGAGUGUUGUCAGGUUUUGGUUAGAUUUUCUAGUGCCCUAAAUUGAUUAGGAUUUGGUUUUGUUUGCUUGUUUCACUUAUUUAGUAAGCAAACUUUGAAGAGUAUGGCAUGUUAAUUUAGCAUGUUGCCAAAGCCUUUUGAAUAACUUAAAAUGUUAGAACUGAAGUACUUUUGUGAGGCAAGGGGAGGAAUUCAUGAAGCAUAUGUGAUGUGGUUUAAAUGUUAUAUUCAAACAAAAUAAAGGUACAUGGAAAUAUUUUUUAUUGGAGGACUUAUAAUUUUUUUACAAUGAAUAGUCAAUUCAAGCAUUAUAACUUUCCCUUACAUUGUUUAAAAUUUAGGAGUGUCGGUGGAAUAGCACUGAAAACUUUAGCAUGUCCAAGAAUCUGUGCAUUAGGUGGUAUGCCUAAAUUUAUUUUUAGAUAUAUAAUAUUUAUUUAUUAGAGGUAUAGAAAUUUCAAGGUAUAGUUAACUCCAAAAGUUAAUUAAAACCUUAAAAUGGACACAUUUGUCUGGUAUCAUAUCCAUUCAUUACAUCACUAGAUCAAUUUUAUGAAAAUAUACCUUUUAUAAAUGGAUUUUUUUACAACACUGUAAAAUUGAUGUGAAAAUAGUAUGAUAUUUUUCAUUUAAAAGGUUAACAUUUCAGUUAUAUUAGGAUUCCCUUAAAAACAUCCUGGUUUAAAAUACCUUAAUAUAAUGCUAACAAAGCCAUUGAAGUCUAUAUUCAUAAUCUUUUUAAAUUGAAGAUAGCAGCUUCUACCAAACACAUCUCAAAUUUAAUUAGAUUAGAGUCUAGAGGUUAUCAAGUCCAUUAAUACACAGUGGUUUCAGUGGUAUUUGGUGACCUAAUAAUACAUUUCAAAGAACUUAAUGUCCUUUGGCUUGUGUAAAGAUAUUUACAUUGCAGAUAGUGCUUGAAAGGAAGGAUUUCAUUUUAAAAAAAGAUUUCAACUUACUAUUUUAUCUCCCAUCUCAGCAUUGUUGCUUAUAAAUAAUAUAUAUUCAUGGAGACUUGGUUAUAUUCUAUACUAGCAGGGGUGCCUGCUGCUGCCCUGGAUUUUUGAGAAACCAAAAAAAUAUUGUGGUGUUCGAAAUACUGGUCAUUUAAAAUAUUUUAGACCGCCUUUCUAGAAUUAGACACUUAAAAUGAAAGAUAUAAGGGAAUGUCAUCAGCAUAUCGAUGACACUUCAGCACAAACUCCCAGAUGACCCUUCCCACUGUUUUCAAGAAAAUGUUAAACAGCAUGAGACACAAAAUGGAACCUUGUAACAUCCCAUAGGCAAAAGUCCAAUGGAUGGAACAGGAGUCCCAUAGCACUACUUUUUGGGACCUCCAGAAAACAUGCUAGGCACAUAACAGAGUGCAUCUCUGGAAAGGUGACCCAAAGUAAUACUGUGGUUGCUUGAGAGAUCCAAAAGAACUGACAGAGUUUCACUUCCUUUAUCUACUUGCCAGUACCAUUCACCCACCAGAGCAACAAAGGCUGUUUCUGUCCCCAACACCAAGCUGGCAACCAGACUAAAAUGGAUCUAAAUAAUCACUGUUCAGGUUUGUCUGGAGUUCAGAUUCCACCACCUGUUCUGUCUCCUUGCCCAGGAAUGAGAUAAUUGAUACUGGAUUGUAGUUUAAAUCCACUGGAUUGAGGGUGAUUUUUUCCCAUUGCUUUUAAAAUAAGUAAUCACCCUGGGGACCCACGUAAGAUACACUACACCUGGCAGCUUUAAUUUAUCUUAUAUUUCAGCAUAGGCUUUCUCUCAGUUUAGACCUAACUAAGAUUUACAAUCCUAUUCCCAAUUAAUCUGGGAGUAAAGCCUAAAGAAUUUAAUAGGACCUAACCACUGAAUAGAUAUGGUUAGGAUUGCACAGUUAGUCAUUCAUGUAUAAUAAGAACAUUUGUAAUAGUUUUCCAGCCUAUCUAAGGCAGAUUCUCAUUCCAAUUGCUGAUACUAAAAAGGCAUUGUGAUAUACAGGUGUUUGGGUACCCUUUUUUGAACUGCCCUGAACUGCUCCAGAGGGCUGAGAAAAACUAGAAUAGAUUUUUGGUGGGAGUGGGAUGCAACAUGAAGGAAAGUUCAGUUGUGCAAGUGGCAGUCCUUGGGCUAAUGGGACUACUUUGCUGGAUGCAAGCCUGGAUUGUCAUUCAACUUAACUGGCAACUUAAUUUGGAAGAUUGUGAACAUGAAUUAAAAACUGAAUGUCACCUUAAUUUGUUCUCUUCUCAUUUCUCCCCAACAGUAUAUCUAUGUAUCGAGGGAAUUGCAGACCGAUUCGGUUUGAACCACCAAUGCUGGAUUUCCAUGAGCAGUAAGUUGGGAACACUUUGCCUAGCAUUCUAAAUAGAAGGCACCUGGAAGUUAAUAGCUGUCUGAAAAACCUAUGUAUUAAAAAGGCAAAGUUGAUAAUAUGUUUAUGUUACAUGCCCAGAACCUUAUCUGCCCAGCAUCAAUCACAUAGUUUCUGUAUAAGGGGCUCUGUGUGUUGGCUAAGUCAUAUAACAGGCCUUAGUGGAUGCAUAGUAUUGAUGGUUCACACUUGCAGAAAUUUGCACCUGUUGUACUUCAGCUAUACCACAUGGUUUUGUAUUUGGAGGGAAAAGAAACAUAUGGGGAGAAGAUGGAAGAGGAGGAAUAAAUGAAGUCUAAAUUGGAGGAAUGAUUGAAGUAUCUGUUGUUGCUGCUUCUGUCUGCUUUACUGAGGAAAGGGCCCUUCGACUGAAAAAAUCUAAUAUGAUUUUCCAGUAAUACCAAAGGAUGAAGUUGUUAAUCCUUGUGUAUGCUUUCCGUGUAGCACUAGUUUAUACAGUAGUUAUUUGAGGACUGUACCAUGUUAGACUACAGUUUGUACGUGCAGCGUUUUGGUGCCAUCUAUUUACCACUUGAAUCUACUGGUUCCAGGGACCCUGGAAAAACUAAAUUCUCAGGAUCCCUGGCAUGUGAGUCCUUCUCUAGAUACAACUCAUGUGCACCAACAGGGAACUUAUUUCAUGCCGCAGCAGCCAGAUAAGGAGCACUGUGUGGAGGGAGUUGGUCCAUGUUGUUCUUCAGAUUACAUCAUUGGUAGUAUGACAGGAACUGAAAGGGGCUUGGAUAGAACCAAGCUUUUUUCUGACCUACUAGGAACAUAGCUUGGUUAGGUGAGUCGAACUCCAUAUUGGGGUGGGGGAAUGUUGUCUGUCAACAGUGGAUAUAUGAAAAGUAGACUAUAAAAUAGUCAAAAUGUGCAAGGUUGAAUGACUUUGGCUUUUGAAUAUUAAUUUACUCUGCUGAUAAAUUAAACAUCAGAACAGCGCUCACUCUUUUCUUCUCAUCAUUAGUCUUUCAAUGCCUGGAGAUACAGCCAUAAUGGCAGUAGUCAUAGUGCAGCAUUUCCCUGGAGUUAUUAAUGCAGCAGUGCUACAGUUGCUGCAUAUGCAUGCUGAACAUCUCUGGAUUAAGGCCAGAAGACAGAAUUGUUUAGUUGCAGCCUUAGCCCACUCCAUUAGUCAGUUGAAAGGCAGGAUAAAAAUAACUUUGCAAAAUUUAUUUAUUUAUAAUCUUGGUACAAAAUAUUAGCAUAAAAUAUAUAUGCCAAACUAAGCAACAACAGUCAAUAUAAAAAUAGUCCUAUCAGCUUAUUGGAGCAAUUAUAACUUUGCAUCAUGAGUAAUUGCGAGCCCACGUGUUAAACCCUGUCCCCGGUGCCCACCACACCCCCAAGAGAUGAGACAUGACAAGAAUGUAUGGGUUUAAAUUAGGCCACAACUUCAUUUAUUUUCAGGUGUAGGAACCUUGGCUUAGGCCUUGGAAGGUAUCCUGCUCAUGCCCGACAGGGGCUGAGGAUGCACAGGGCAAUCAGGUGUUGUGGGAGGGGACUGUAAAGCGUAAACUUACACAGCAUACCCUCCCACUUCACCUAGCCAGGAGUUUGACCUAUAUGCUGCCGCUGUAGGGCCAGUGACUCCCACAAUCAACCCUUUAACAGGCCCUGCAAACGCCACCGCACGGGGGUGCAUCAAUAUGCUGCCUUGACUCACAGAUAUAGAAUAUAGACCAAGGCCUAAAACCGGCACCCGAGACCCUAACUAGGGUCUCGCCGCCAAAAUACCUACAGCUGAACAUCGUCUCCUACCGAGAAGGACUAGACCCUGACACCCACCAAUCCCUGAGGCCCUGAUGAGUCCUAUCAGCUUAUUGGAGCAAUUAUAACUUUGCAUCAUGAAUAAUUAUAUGCUUGCAAUAAUGACACAAACACUUGUAGGGAAUACAACAAGAAGUUGUGGCAACUUAAAAGGCUAACAAGUGCAUUGCACCAUAAGGUUUCAUGGAUUACAGUCUAAUUCCUCAAAUUCAUGAAGUGUUAUCCUGAGUAAUGGGUGUGUGUAUGUAUCACAGGUCUUGCAGAGCUUGUCUGACGCCUGGGGCAGGAGUCUUGUUAGAAUAAACUCGAACAACAAAGAAGCUGGUCCCUGGCAGGCCUUCCUGGCCAGCUUAGCCCUCUGAGGCUUGGGAUUAGUUUACCCAGCUUCUCCCAUCCCCUCUGCAUUGGCCUGAUGUAUCAUACAUACAGGUUUGGGUGGGGUAGAGGAGGAGGAUUGUAAGUGGUAAGGUCAGAAGGAAAGGAAAUGCAAAGAAAGAGUACAGGACCAGGACCCUGUGAUAAUGAUCUGAGGUCCUUCUUCAUACGCCUCCUCCGCAAGAGGUCUGAAGGGUAACAACACAAGAACAGGCAUUUUCUGCAGUGGUGGCUCCCUAUUUUUGGAAUGCUCUCCACAGGGAGGCAUGCAUGGCACCUUCGUUGCAUAUUUUUAUGCACCAGGCAAAACCAUUCCUCUUCUCCUGGCUAAUUAAACAAUCUAUGGCCUUUUAAACUGUGGGGAGGGGGGUUAUUGUUUGUUAUAUGGUGUUUAUAUUGUAAACUGCCCUGUGAUCCUCAGAUGAAGGGCGGUAUAUAAAUUUUAAUAAUAACAAUAAUUGACAGUGGCCAUUCACAAAAUGCACCUGUUUGUUCCUUGCAACCAUAAAACUAUAAAUAUUUUGUGGUUGUAGGCAAUUGAGGAAACAAUUUAAAUGCUUUUUCUACUCUCUUUUAAUACAGGCCAGUUGGGAUGCCAAAAAUGGAAAAGGUUUACUUGCACAAUCCAAGUGCAGAAGAAACUAUUAUAUUAGUAUCAAUAUCUGCAACAACCUCACAUUUUCAUGCAUCGUUUUUUCAAAACAGGGUGAGUUUUGAAGUUUUUUGAAGUUGGUGUUAUUCUGCAAGCUGGUUUCACUUCAGCAAAAACUGAUUUUACUUCAGAGUUCAUCACAGUAACUAAAAUAGCUUCUCUUUAAAUGCAAGCUCAACAAAAUUAUGCCACGUACAAUUCACUGUGGAGGGGUUAUAUAAAAAGUAAAUGUCUGGAGGUUUCUACAUCAUUCUAGGGCAGUGGUGGAGAACCCCUGGCCCCUAGCCUUGGUGUUCUCAAGAAUAUGGAAAAUGGAUAAUUAUAGCUCAGAAAUGGUUUCUAACCAGUAGUAGCUGAAUUUAGUCCAUGGGGGGAGGGGGGAAUCCAUACCAGGAUAGUAGUUUUACUAUUACCAACCAAAGUCCCCCAAGUAACGUGUGAGUUUUCAAGUUCAUCAGAACUUCUUCUUUUUUGGUAUAACACAGCCAGGAGCAGAGUACUGCUGAUGCAUUAAUUUUCAGUAGGAGUUGCUACUUAGAGCUUAUGCACUCAUAAGUAGUUGCCGAUAAAUGGUUGCCACCCCUUUGGAAGUGAUUCUGUCAUUUUUGUGCAUGCUUCUAUGAGCUGCUAAGAUAACUAGUUUUUUUAUUGUGUUUCUUCACCAUGUUUUUGUAAAACCUACUAACCAAGUGCCUUAAAAAUAUGAAAAAGGCUCCAAAUAAGGCUGCAUUUUACAAGGCACUUGCGAAAGCAAAUAACCAACAACAUGUAUUUCAAUUAAGAUCGUGUCUCUCCGCCACUGUCAGGGUGUCAACCAGCAUUAAAUGAAAGCUGAAAUGAUCAUUGGUCCUUCUCUUUGUCCUGGUAUUUCAGAAGCAUGUUUAAUUAGCAAGGGUGUGUGUUUCUUUACUGCCACUUGAAAUAAUCUUUUGAGCUUAAAUCCAAGUGUUUAAUAUUUGAGAGGGGAGAAUGGGGGAGGGAUUAUGGAAAGCUUGUAAAUUCAUACUCCCUUCUUAAUCCUAAUACAAGACUUAACUGAUCACACAUCUUCCCUAAAGCAAUUAACAUAUUUAAUGAAAUCUAUCAAUGUAGGACUCUUCCAUAAUGGAGGUGACAGUGUGUGAGGUGUGGAGUGUGUGAAUGGAUAGAUUUGUGUGGAUAGGGUAUGUAUGCGGUUUUGACCCUACCUGCUUUUGGUUUUAGCCAUGUCCACCCUUGCUUGUGACCUCUGGAAGAUUACCAAUGCUAUAAUGUGGCUCUGAAACUGAAAAAGUUUCCUCAGAUAGUAAAGUCUUGAUUAUGGGUACCUCCUAAACUUAUGAUUGCUCUGUGCUCAUUGAUUCAAGCAAUUAUGGGUGUUGUAAGGCAGUCUAUAAGAAAAUAGAAGAUUCCCGAAGUGUUAUAUAACUUUGCUCAGGGAGGAGUCACAUCAGAUAAUUUUUCUGUGUUUUAAGGCCAAUUGAGAAGAAUGAGUCAGAGCACCAAUUUGUAGGAGCUACAUUAUGUACUCCAAUCUGGCAUUUAGAGUGGAACCUGAGACACUUGGAGCAAUGUGCUUAGUAAGCUAAACAAUAAGCAGUUCAGUGUUCUUUCACAUUAGUAAUAUUGCUAUAAUGUUUAAAAAAGAAAUUUUUCCUGCAUGUUGUACUUUACAGUUGCUUGUUUCGAUGCAGUAUCAACCAAAUCAAAAAGAGUGUAUUGGAAGUAACUUUUGUAAGGUACUUAAAUUGAUUUUUCCAAAGAAAGGGCUAUAGUAUGUGGCUUGCUUGUCUCAUGGGUAUUCACACACAGCUUCUACAUAUCAAUUGUGUUUGAAUGCCUGAUCUCAUAUUUGAAGCACUACCCUUCUAAGAUGAACAACAUGUCAUGUUAUAUCUGGUGUUUUAUUUUUCAGAAAAUCGUUCCAGGGGGGAACACAUCAUUUGAUGUGGUUUUUCUUGCAAGAAUGGUGGGGAACGUAGAAAAUACUUUAUUUAUUAAUACAUCUAAUCAUGGGGUAUUUACUUACCAGGUAAGAGAAAACAUCAUGUUACCGUGUCUUAAAUGAUUGAGAACAGAAGUGAAAGCACAUUAUUAAGAUUGGUGCUCAGCAGUGGUACCUCAGUUUAUGAACUUAAUCCAUUCCAGAAGUCCAUUCUUAGACCAAAGCCAUUCUUAAACCAAGGUGCACUUUCCCUAAUGAGGCCUCCCACCGCCGGUGCCCUUCCACUGUUCGGCUUCCAUUUGUAGACCGAGGUAAAGUUUGCUAACUGGGACACUACUUCCGGUUUUGUGGAGUUUGUAUACCAAAUAGUUCGUAAACAGGGAUGUUCUUAAACUGAGGUGGCACUGUACUGCAAUGUGUGACUACUUCAUAGCUGAGCAUAUGUCUCUUAAGUCAGUGCUUUCAAUUGAAACCAACAGCCACGUAUCAUGAACUUAGAUUUUCUGAUUGACAUUCCUGCUUUCAAAUGGGAAUUACUCAUGGAGCAAGAUGCCAUUUGUCUGCAAUAUAUACAUAUUAUUUGAUGCUUUGAGACACCUGCAAUAAGUGCCACUGUGCUAUGCAUAUUCCAUGCACUUGAGAUUACAAAAAGUCUUACAGUAUUAAUGCGCCUCCUACAGCUUAGAAAUGAACAAGCUAUUUGCAAGGUGAAAAGCCUCCAAGUUGUCUAUUAAAAUGCAAAACAGGCUUCUGUUGAUUUAUGAGAUACAGUAAUAGUGAUUGACUUGAAAGUUGAUAAUACACUUGAUCUAAUACAGUUGAUUGAUUUAAGCACACCACAAUAUUUUUAAAAAAUUAAGAGAAGGACAUUUAAAUGGCAAAGUAGCUUUUGCAGGAAUAAGAUCACAUAUUUUAGAAAACUGAAAGGAAUGACAAAAAUGGGGGGAAUGCCAUUUUUUGUAUUCAUGAACAUAAUCAUGUUUUACUACCUGUAGUGCUCUAAGUUACUGUGGUUCGGAGCUAGAAAAAAAUUCAAAGGGUUGUAUUUGACUCAGUCCUACUCAGUGAUCUUAAGUUGUUGUUUUAAAAAAAUCUGCAUUGCAUAUAAAAAGUUCAAAAACUGGUUGCAAAACAAAUAUUUAGAGAAAAGCUGGUCUGUAGUUGUCACUUGUGUGGCUCCUGAAAGGAAGAAAAAGAUACAGUGGUACCUCGCAAGACGAAUGCCUCGCAAGACAAAAAACUCGCUAGACGAAAGGGUUUUUUGUUUUUUUAGCUGCUUCGCAAGACGAUUUUCCCUAUGGGCUUGCUUCGCAAGACGGAAACGUCUUGCAAGUUUGUUUCCGUUUUCUUAACACCGUUAAUACAGUUGCGACUUGACUUCGAGGAGCAACUCAUAGAACGCGGUGUGGUAGCCUUUUUUGAGGUUUUUAAAGACUGGUGAUUUUUGAAGCUUUUCCAAAACUUUCCCGACACCGUGCUUCGCAAGACGAAAAAAAUCGCAAGACGACAAAACUCGCGGAACGAAUUAAUUUCGUCUUGCGAGGCACCACUGUAUAUUUUCUUGUAUCCUAAAGCAAUAGAUACUGUAUGAGACCACUUUAAAAUACUGUAACUGUAAACUUCCAAGUUGGGAAAGAGGUAGUGUUUCUUUGUUGUCAAUGAUUGUGUGAGUUUUAAAGGUGGAAAACAGACAAUUACUCACAUUGGGAUGCUAAAAGCUUGUUUUCUUAUUCUUAAACAGGUAUUUGGUGUAGGAGUACCAAACCCUUACAGACUUCGCCCUUUUAUAGGAGCAAAAGUUCCAGUAAACAGCAGUUUUUCUCCUAUUAUAAAUAUACACAACCCCCAUAGUGAGCCUUUGCAGGUAUGUAGGAGCACUGUUCAUAUUUACAAUUACCUGUUAAAAUAUAAUGUUAAUGUAUUUCAGGUGCUCUUUGUAUACUAUGAUUCUAUGCCUUUAUUUUCAGUUCGGAAUGUUUUAUGUAUAAACCAUUGAAGUUAAAAUAAUUGUCUUGGUGGUAGUUUUGAGAAGCUAUGUUCAUGGAACUAAAGGUUUGCAUGUAAGGUUUGACUUGGCAAAUACAGAAACUUCAUUUGCAUAAAAUCACUUGAUUAUUUUUUUUAUUUGGUGGAAUGAUAAAUGACAUAUUCUAACACUUGAGACAAUUCAUUGACUAUGUUGUUUGUGUGGUCUUUACCACAGAGAAAAUAAAAUAUAAAUAGUUUCUCCUUAGCUGGCAACCAUGAGAGUGUGUCUAGUUGAAACUUGAGCUCUAACUUUAUCAAUUAUUAUUUUUGGCUAUUCUCACAGGUGGUAGAAAUGUAUUCAAGUGGAGGUGAUCUCCACCUAGAGCUUCCAACUGGUCAGCAAGGGGGUACAAGAAAAUUAUGGGUGAGUGGCACAAAUAUUACUUGACUCACACUAAGGGAUUAAUAAGUUCUGGCAAAGACUAAUAUCUGUUGUGGCUUCAACUUUUGUUGUGGGCCAGAGCACCCUUCCUCAGAUGCAUGGUGUUCUCCUCUGCUGAUCCUGAAAUCUCAUGCACACAUAUACAGAUAAGAGGGUGGAUGUUGUUUUGAAAUGAGGCCAGGAGGCCCAGCAAUUCAAGAUAAGGGAGUAAACCAUAACUGUGCAGCAUCAAAUAUCAACAGGGUCCAUUGACAAGUAUGAAAGUUCAAAGCAGAAUGGGAACGAACUUGUCAUGAAUUUUCAAAGUAACGUUAAUAUUGUAUAUACCAGCAAAUGUGGACAACUGCUUUGUGGGGGGGCGGUGGGCUGACGCAAAAGGUGAAAGGCAGAAACAAAUUUAAAAUGAGAAUUCCAUUCAUAACAAGAGAAGAACAAAUGCUCUACAGUAAAACCAAUGCUAUUAAUUAUAUAUUACUUAUAUGUAUAUGAUGUUACAUGUUUUGUUUUUGUCACAAAAGCAAAUAAAACUUAUUUUAAAAUAAAUAUUGUAUACAAAUACCUAACAAUUAUGUCCUAUAGUGAGUUAGCCACUUUCAAUUUCAUUUCAUCGCAAGUCUGAUAGCACAUAAGCUUUUUACCAAGUGAUUUUAGACAGGUGUGUGGUUUUUAUCUAAUAUUCUAGCCACAGAAUAUUCCAAAAGUUGUAGUUUUGACUGAAGUUAGUCUGAGUAUAACUUAAAUUGGAUACAUUUAUUUUUACACUUUCUGAGUAGCAGUGAUUAGAAUCUCCCACUUUUGAAGCGUAUAGACAAAUUAACUCCUAUUCUCUUUGCUAUAAUGUAGGCUUUCCAGAAAUUUUGAAUGCACAGGAGGAAAGAAAAUUAUGGCUUGCCUGUUGUGGGAGUGGGGAAUGAGUGGGCUUGGAUGGCACAGACAGAAGUAUCUACACAUUUUUGUGCUACUGAUGCAAAAUAGGCUUUUAAGUGUUUCUCUAAAACAUUGGUAGCAUCACCAAAUGUAUUUCUUGUACUGGUUUCUUACAACAGAACUAGUCUUAGGCACUUAGGAAAAGGCAGGUUUAACAAACUGUUACUUGUCAGCAUGAAUAAUCUACACGUGAUGAUUCUGAACCUUUUAUGUGAUGGUUGUUUCUGAAACUGUUUGACACUUCCAUCUCACUAUUUAGUUAGUUCAUUGCCUAAAAACGCCAACUGUAUACUCCAUAUUCCACUUGUAUUAUACCUGGCAUUGUGGACUUUUUUAUUAUACUGACUUUUAUAUUCUGCACAAUUGUCUGUUUCAAUAGGAAAUUCCCCCCUAUGAAACUAAAGGAGUUAUGAGAGCCAGUUUCUCUUCAAGGGAAGCAGAUAAUUACACAGCCUUCAUUCGAAUAAAAACAAAUGCCUCAGACAGCACAGAGUUUAUUAUUCUGCCAGUAGAAGUAGAAGUCACAACAGGUUUGUAGAAAUGUAAUGUUUCAUCAACUUCAUGUAUUUUCCUACUGCAGUAGUGAAAGAUACUCACUUUGUUUUGUCCUAUCUUAAAGCCCCAGGAAUUUAUUCAUCGACAGAAAUGCUAGAUUUUGGUACUUUAAGAACCCAAGGUGAGUCCUAUAUUUUAAUACACCUCCAUUUCAGAUUGUGAGUAGACACACCUCAUUUUGCAAAAGCUGCGUAAUAUCAGUUUCAUGUGUUUGUUCCUUAGCCUUUGCAUGUAGGCCUUUAUAUGUAUUGGGUUGCAUCCAGACAGGUCCUGCUGCUAAUGGAAAGGAUCCACCCAUUUACAUAAAUAAAUAAAAAUAAAAAUCCAGGGUUCUUCUGGAGACGGUGUGCAAGAAGGUGAUUUUUGGUAUUAUCUCUGCGGCUACUUUUCAUAGUGUUUCAUGGAGUCCCCAAACCCUCCAGAGCAGAUCUUUGGGGGCUACAGGGGAAAGGAGGAAUUGGUGAAAAUAAUUUCUUCUUCUAGCAGAACUCUGCAUGAGGGAAACUUUCUGAAUCUACCUCAUUUGUAUUUAAAUGCCUAGGAUAUCUAGCUUUAGAAAUAUUAUAUAAAGUAAAAUGAAAUAACUUAAUAACGCAAUUAUAAAUAGUACUUUUUAUAACAUCACUCUUAAUUUAUACACCUGCCAAAUGACUGUACACAGGUGCAUCUGUAUUCAGACUAGUCUCCAAAUCAUAGUUUGGAACAGUCUUCCCCAACCUGUUGCCCUUCAGCUGUUUCGGUCAUCAAUUGCAUAAUCUCUGACCAUUGACCAUACUGGGAAAGGGCAGGUGGGACUUGUAGUCUAAAGCAUGUGGAAGGCACCAGGCUGGUUUGGAAGAUCAGGAUUUAGUAAUGGUGACCAUGAUCUCCCCCUCCCUUCCCCUGCAACAAACCAUAGUUUGCCCAUUUGCUCCAGUGUGACAAAUUAUGGUUUGCCUAGGCAAUAGUUUGCCACCAUGCCUGGAUCCUGACUGGAGAACAAAUUAAUUUGCACACUAACCACAGUUUGCUACAGUUGGAUAAAAUGGCAGACUAUUGCUUACUGCAGAUUAGAAGCAGAAGCAUCAAACAUCCGCUCCUUAUGUCUGGGGGAGAAGGGAAUGGAGAAGUGCAAGAAUUAAGUAAAAUUUCAGCAUUGGAUAACUUGAAUAAAUGUCACAAAGCUGACUUGACUUUAAAAAAAUCCCUUUUAUGCAAACGAGCCUUAGUGCUUUUUUAUUGGCUUUCAACAGAUCUGCCCAAAAUCUUAAAUCUACACUUGUUAAAUUCAGGAACAAAGGAUGUACCAAUAACAGUAAGUAUUACCUCUUUUAUUUCACUAUCUCAAUAUAUUUUUCUAGACGUAAAAGAUAACAUGAAUCCACUAAAUAUCAAAGCUCAGGUUCUGUUAGUUUGGUCCCUUUUUCCAAAUGGACUCAACGAAAUGCCGCUUUCGAUGCACUUAACAGCUUUCAGCAGUGUAUCCUUCCCAUGCUACAUGUUGUGACUGUAUAGUUAAACUGAACUAAAGCUCCCCCACUUUGCAUUCCCUUCAACUUUCUACUAAAGACUAAGACUACAGGGGCAUAUUUAAAGGUUUGUUUAGUUGCUUGUUAUUCAGGCUUUACUUUUCAGUGUCAUCAUAAAUUAAUACUUACAGCUUGUAAUUGUACAACUAUCUUAAAUAAUUGCUGUUAUGGUGUCACAUUACAUUAAAAAGCAAUGGGAUUUCCAGCAGGUACAUGGAAAUGCAUUUAAUAAUUCCCAGUUAUUUCUGACUAAAUCAUUCAGGGCAAAUGCCUUGAAAAGCAUGCAGAUAACCAGUAUGACAAUUACAAAAUAAAAAUGCAAACAAGAAUUAAAGGUUCUUUUGUAGCUGGUAUUUCACAACAAACUUCAGCAUAUAAAAGUGGUUAAUAUUGGCUUGCAAUAGAGAUUUGUCUUAACCACUGUAAAGGAGGCAGUUUUGAGACUCAAAGCUAAAGAGGCCUGUCCCAGACCCAGAAUACGAUUCAAACAUCUGGUUAGUCACAAAUAUUCUCUUUCGGGCUAAGGUGCUUGAGCUGGUGUGUUCUGUCAGUGCUGAAAUGCUUUUGUCACCAAGCAAUGUCUCUUGUUGUUGUCUAAAUCCCUUUUCUCAACCACUGUUCUAGUUUGUCAAGCAUGGGAGAUGAGAGAGUACCGUGCUUGUUUCCAUGUCUUUGAAAUGUAUAUUUAUCUCUUGCAGCAAUAGCUUUGUUUUACCUCUUCCUGUAUAAAGGGGAGAAAUGAUGACUACUGGAUAAUCUCUUAGACCAGAGGCUAUGUCUGUUCUUUUUAGUUUGUAUAAGACUAACUCCUCUGGAGUCUUUUUCCUCUCUAACUUGCUAGCAGCACCAGUGGGUUUAACAAGCUGUUGUCAUUAUAAAGAUAGCCCAUAGGUUUCCUGGGCUCAAACUCAGAGGCACAGAAGCAUAUCUCACAAAAUGUGGGGCAUCAUUAGUUUCAUAUUUGGUAAUAAUCUAAAAUGGCUUAUAAAAAGUGAAAGGCCUGUGUGUAUAUCCUCACAUGAGGAUGUUCUACAAAGAGCUCCAGGCCUUAAUGAACCCUUUGUGAACUCAUAGGUCUGGCCUGUUUCCCUCCCUCUGACUUACAGAGUGCAGAGAAAAAUACAGAAUGGUCAGCUUAGAUUUUUCAAAUUGCACACUACACCACAGGGUUAGUGACAGAAAGGCUGCUUGCAGUAAGUGAGCAAAAAUAUGGAGUCACUGAUGUUAAAAACAGGAGUCAUUGAUGCAGCAGAAGUAAUGUACAUAAUUUUACUUAAAUUUUCUUUUGCGUCUGAUAGCAAAGGUGAUAAGUGUUAAACUACUGAGCAGUGGAUUAUAUAGCCAAGCUUCGGAAUCAUAUUAUUUUAACACCUCAUUCUCUGAUAUUUUGCCCUCAUUCUUGACUGAAGAAAUACUGACUGUAUGACCUCGUAAUAUACAGUCCCAGUGUUUUGACGCUGCUCAGAUUUCUGCUACCAUCUUAGAUGUUAAGUGGGUUGGGGAAGUGUCAGAUACCAUCAAGCAUAUCUUAAAGGCUAAACUAUUUGCUCAUAUUUCCAUGUAAACAUGGGGCGGGGGGAGGACAGGGAUAUAUGUCUCUUGGAGUUUGUUCUGAUACAGUUUGGAAGCGAGGAAGAAACUGGUUUCAAACUUCAUGCUAAUGUCAUGGGAAAAGGCCAAGACUAUAUUUAGCAGAAAUUUAAGCUAGAUACUCAUAGAACUAAAUUCCUUCGAGGCACUUUAAGAGUAUUGUUGCCAGUUACUAUAGUCAUGAAAAGUUUUUACCUUUACUGACACUUUAUAUUGAAGUCUGUGAAACUGAACAAUUUUAAAAGAAGAAAGGCAAUUUAUAAUAUUUAAAAUAAUACUAAAUUAAUGUAAAAAUAUCAUGUACGUAUUUAUAGCAUUGCUGGUUCUGAGCCAGAAGACUGUGUAUUUACCAUUUUGUCAGCAGCGCUUAAUAUUCAGCUGAGUUGCAUAACUAUAGCCAUUAUCCUUCCAUUAGAAUUGAAAUUUAUGUUUGGUAACACAAUAUAUGAUAGUUCUGUAUUAAAGUUGAUAUGGAAGUUUAAGUAAAAUGUGUGUAUUGCUAUAUUAACUAGUUCUAACAUUUCUUUUAAAUGUUUUUCAUUGAGAACAGACAACUAGAACAACAACAAAAUACAUUUAGAUGGUGGUGAAAGACUCUAUACUUAAUAGCUGAUUGCAUUCAGGCAGUAUUCCUUCCAAAAGGCCCUCUCCCUUCCUGACCCUGCACUGUGUAGUAUAUAUAUGACGUACUUCAUAUUAACAGUAAAUUACAAAACUUGUUUGAACUUGCUUGAAACAUGAGAAUCCCUCUACUGUGGUUGUAAGGCUUGUACAUUCAUCCAUAAUUAUGAAUUUUGCAUGCUCAUCCUCUCUCUUUCUUGGAAUGAGGUAUCUUCUUGGUAUCUUUCUAUAUUAUCUUCUGAAGGGGGGGCGUCCUUCGUUGUUGUUGUCAUCUGUCAACUUUAUUCUGACACAUUCUUAUCUUGAUGUUCUCUCAUCUUUCUUAACCUUAUUUGAGUUCUUUCCUUCGUGUCACAUGGUGUUACCUUGAAGGCCUAGUAACUGGAAUGGAAAUCUGCGCUCUGAGCUUUUUGAUGUGCUGCUUGAUAUAGAUUCCACACCUCAAAGCCUCUGGACCUGAAAGUCUUAAUCUUUAGCCUUCAUGUUCUAGCAGCUCUGGAGUUUGCAUUUCUCUCAAAAUAGUUGGUCUUUCGCAGAAUUAGGCCACAUUUGAAACAACAACAAUAUUUAUACCCCACCCAUCUGGCUGGGUUUCCCCAGCAACUCUGGGCGGUUCCCAACAGAAUAUUAAAAACAUAAUAAAACAGCAAACAUUAAAAAGUUCCCUAAACAGGGCUGUCUUUAAGACACUUAAAUAAUUUGUUGGUUUGUUUUUGGCAUUCCCUGCUGCUCUGCAAUGCUGCCAGCAUGUGUCUUCAGCUGUUUAGCUUUCUAAAGUGGAGAUACUGGAAGUGAAGACACAGUUAAAAUAAUGUGAGUGUAGUGUUCUGCCUUGUUGAGGGUCUCUAAACAAUUGCGCUAGGUAUACGAGCACAGGAACAACCUCAAGUAUAACUCUUGUAAAAUUUAAGAUGGAAGUGUAGUGCUAUUUUUGAUGUGUGCAUUCUCAUUAAUAAAACAUAUAGAUGGCUCUGAUAUUCUUUUGGUGCACCUUGCGCUGAAAGGCUAGUUCUCUUUAGAUGGCUACAGACAUUUUAGCCAAAAAACACCCCCAACCUAGUUAAUUGCCUCCUUUUCUAGUGAAACAGGCAUGUGUUGAAAUAAAAUGAAACAAACCUAGUAAAUCUGCUGGAGUUUCACAGUUGUUUCUGCUAUAAAUUACGUAUAUAUAUUUGGAAACAUUCCUGACUCGUGUUGUUCUAAUGACAUGUAUCCACAUUUUUAUAACUUAGAAUAAGUGUCAGCAGAUUCUCAACUUUUGAAGGAAAAGAUAACAGAUAUAUACAGACUUUUUCAGUAGUUGUUUGGUAAGCACUUCUUUUAUGUUUUUCCAGAGUGUUAGACCCACACCACAGAAUGAAGCUAUCACAGUGCAUUUCAAGCCAAUUACACUUCGAGCUUCUGAAAGUAAAUAUACCAAAGUUGCAAGUAUUAGCUUUGACGGUAAGUAAAAGUCUGUUCUGGAAGUUGUAUGUUUCUCAUUCAUGGGAUGGGAAGCCUUUUGUCAGUGUAUCUGAACAUAUUUCUUAGUUUGGGGUCCACACUUGCUUUUCUUUUGAACGCACUUACUGCUUGGAACGAGUUACAUAAUACUGCCAGGGACAUUGCUGCAGUUGUAGAAGUUUCUUCCUGGUUUCCACUGUUUUCCCGCAACCCCCACCCCCAAACUCUCAGGAGAGACUUUUCAGGAUGCUGCUGGGCAGAGGAGGGGCUGGGAAAGUCUGCUUCCUCCAGCUGCCUUCUGUGAGCUUUCCUCUGAAUCCCAUCCCAUGUGUUUAAUCAUGCUGUUCAGUGUAUAUACACAGAGACCAAGAGUGGAGAGCAUUUAAUGAUGACUGUCCACUGAAGUCUUCAUCUUUUUUGCUAAAAAGGGGAACCUGUGGCCUUUCUGAUGUUGACGGGCGACAGCUCCCAGUAGCCUAGGCCAGCAUGGCAUUUGGUUAGAAUUAACAGGAAGCAACAUUUGCAGGCUCAUAGGUUUCCCUACCCCUCGGCUGAAAGUUGAAGAAGGGAUGUUGCUGUAUCACCCACCCUCCUUGAAGCCGCUUGAGCUCGGCAAGCAGCAUUAUACUCACAUUUUAGAGCUGAACAGUGACUGCACCCUAAUAUAUUACACAAGUAGCUUAGUUACAAAUGUGAUCAAAAUGGUUUGUGAUACUUUGUAGUAAAUCAAAGCCCCAACAGUGACAGUUUUACUAUCAGAGUAAAAAUAAAUAUGUGUCAAUUUUGUGUAUGCGUCAAUAAUAGUAACACUGUUUGUUUUUAUUUAUCUAUUUGUAUGUACCAUAUAGCAUCGAAAGCAAAACGACCUGCACAGUUUUCAGGAAAAAUAACAGUUAAAGCAAAAGAGAAGAGUUACUCAAAACUUGAAAUUCCAUAUCAAGCAGAAGUGUUAGAUGGGUAAGAUUGCACGGGAUACUGUUGUCUUACAUUUAAUUCACACCUCGUUCCUGUACACAAGUAACUAACCACUUGCAUGGCUUCCUGUAGCAAAUAAAUAUGCUUCCAAAUGAGUCUUUCUUAUAAUAGGAACACUGGGUUUAAAGCCAGUGUUAUUGUGUGGACACUGCACUGAAUUUUUGCAUAUUCCGUCCUGGAUAAAGAGCUACAAACUGAAUUGGAGCCAAAGGAUCAGUGUGCAGUGGCCAUCACACAGCCCUGUUUAAACAAAGCAUGUGACUAUUGCCACGAAUAGUGCUGGCUUGCACUCAGAAAGCUUUAUUUUGCCCAUUGCUACAAGUGUUAGGGACAGGCUUGAGCAAUUGCUUUUUUACUGCUUCUAAUGUCUACAUUUAUAAGCUAGUAUAUUCUAAUUCUUCUACGUUUUAAGUUCUGGUUAUAACUCUUUAUUUGCUGGGUAUUUGGUUUCAGACUUCUUUGCUGCUAAAUGGAACAAGUGUAUAAAUUCUUCAGACCAUUAUAUUUCUCAGUAUUGAUUUUUAAGUUUUAUGUAUUUGAAUUACACACCUGGCUUGGGCAGGAUAUGACGAUAGGGCAUGGGGAAUGAAUCUGGGUCCUUUGGGUGAAUUUAAACUUGCUGAUAAGUAAAAUCAGGAAUGGGUCUGUGGCCUGCCAAUUGGCAGUCCUUCAGGCAUUAUAUGAUGUUUAUGAAGUUGAGAGAACAAGCCAAAAAGAGAUCUUAAACUGCUGCUGUUGGAUGGAAAACCUGUGGCCCUCCAGAUAAUAUUGGACUACAACUUUGAUCAUUCUUCAGCUUUAGUCAUACUUGCUAGAGCUGAUGGAAUUUGAGUCCAAUGACAUUUGGAGAGUCAGGUUCCUCAUCUCAGUGCCUAACCAAUUUUCUGGUGGUUAUUGUGAGUUUUUCUUAUAGAGGAUUGUACAAAUCUCUACUUUUUGGCUUUUUUAUAUUUUGAAAUAGGUACUUAGGAUUUGAUCAUGCAGCCACAUUAUUUCAUAUUCGUGACAGUCCAGCAGACUCUGUGGAAAGACCAAUCUACUUAACAAACACAUUCAAUUUUGCAGUCCUCAUUCAUGAUAUAAUGCUACCAGACGAAAUCAAAGGAAUAUUUAAAGUAAGCCCAAUUAUGCCCUGAACUAUUUCGUUGCUAUUAAAUGUUACAUAAAUUGGAUUCACUGUUAACCUGGAUCGUAUUUAUUCCUUAUACUAGGUACACAACUUCAGCAAACCAGUUUUAAUUCCACCAAAUGAAUCCAGAUAUAUUUUCACGCUUUAUUUUGUGGCUUCCUUGUCAUCUCUUCACAUUGAUAACAAUAUUUUGCUCAUUACAAAUGCUUCUAAAUUUCAUCUACCUGUAAGAGCAUACACUGGAUUUUUAGAUGUAAGUAUAUCAGUUUUUUAAAAAAUAUUUUCUAUUUUUAAAGUGAAAUACAUUGGAUGUGGUUUCUUUGUGUUUCUGGAUAACAUGUGCUCAGCAGUGAAGCCAAAUUCAAACUGUAGUCUUGAAUUUGAACCAUAAACUGAAUACAAAUUUGGUAGCUGGUUUAUAUUUCAGCAGUCUAACGCCUGCUAGAAUAGACCUAUGGAUGGAACCCAUUCUGCUCUUUUGCCAUGUGGCAGUUCUGCGGGAUGUAAUAUUAAUGUGUUAGAUAUUAUUUUUGUAUGUUUGCUGUUUGAUUGAAAUUGAAUUUAUAGGAAUUACAUUACUUUUUUAAAAAAUAAAAGAAACGUUAAUAUGUCUGUACGUGGGGGGCUGUUCAAAAUGACUGAACUUGGAACUGAACUCAUAUUUUAAUGUGUUGACUCUCUAGCUCUCAGUUACGCAUACUGCCAACAAAAACAUAUUGGCAGCUGCCUUCACUAAUUAACAUGGGGCACAGUCCACUCAAAUGCUCUCCUGUAUAGGCCCCUUAAGACUAGGGAGCUUCAGAAAACCAUGCUGUUGUGCCUUUUGCAUCACUCUUCCAUCUUAGAGGGAUUUCUACAGAAGAGGAGAAUUAGCAGUGAAUUGUACUCAGUAGUUUGUUAGACCUGUUUUGUCUUUCACUCAGUCACCUUUAAUAGUGCCUUGCCUUAUCUCAUGAUAGGUCAGCAUCUGGUUGCCCAAUAGAAUGAAUAAGAGGUAGAUGUGUUUCCCAGCAAUUGUAGCACUUUCUGUGUAAUCGGCAGCUUGUAUACCUGAAAACCAAAUACAGAUUCUUCAGUCCCAGAUCUUAUGGGCUACUUGUCCAAAAUAAUGGGGGGGGGGGGGAAGGAACCAACAUGUUAGAACUGGUGGUAGUACUUCUGAGCCCUUGCAGUAACAGAUAUAUGAGCUGCCUAUCCCUAAUGCAGUUGAUGCUCUUCCGUUUUUCUAGUAUUUUGUAUUGCCCCCAAGACCUGAAGAGCAGAUAAUAGAUUUUGGUAUAUUGAGUGCCACAGAAACAAGUAGUAUUCUGCUUGCAAUCAUGAACAGCAAUCCAAUUCAGGUAAGAGACAUUCUUUUAUUUGUUGUUUGUUUGUUUUACUUAAAUGGCAGAUCUGUUUAAUUUAUUACUAAAACUAUUGUGCCCUUUUAAAGUUGGCUAUAAAAAGCUGGCAUGUGAUAGGUGAUGGCUUGACCAUGGAACUCCUUGCUGCUGAAAAAGGCAACAGAACUACAAUAAUUGCAAGUCUUCCAGACUUGGAAAAGGCCAAUGCAUUGGAUCAAACUUCGGUAAGUAACACAUAUUUUACUUAUUACAGUUAUGUGUGGCAUAUGGACAAAAGAUGCAAAUCUUAUCACUAAGUAAAAAGAAGCGGGGGGGGGGGGGUCACCACAUCUGCUUAUGUCCAGCGCUUUUUUGAGGGGACGGUGAUGCAGGGAGACGCAUGCCCCUAAACAUUUUGUGAAUCUUUGUACUUUUGUCCAUUUACUGUAUUUUUUUCCCCUGAUCUGAACUAUAAAAUGGUGGUUUUCUUGAGUCAAAAUGAGAGUAUCCCUAAACAUUUUUUUAGAAAAAAAGCACUGCUUAUGUCUAUGUAUAGACAUGGUGCUAGCUAUUUUUAUAUGUAGACAAACACCCCACACAUAUCCACAUCUGGAGGAAAAAAGCGAACAAUGAGAGGUGCCUCUGUGAGAGAUUAACUGAUGAAAAUAAAUAGUGGAGAGUGUUUUACUUAAGUGGUAGGCAAAACAUUACUCUUUGUAUUUCAACAUGAAACCCUUUCAGAUAACUGUGUGUGUGCAUUUUUGUUACAGUGACCGGGGGUUUUUUGUUGUCUGUUGGAAGAAUGUGAGAUUAAAGCAAUGAAGCAACUAUAUAAUUCUGUUCUACAGGUAACAUUGAUGCCUGGUUCAUACACUGUAUUCAGAGUAAGAUUAUUACCAAAAGAACUUGAAGGGAUUCAUGAUGGGGCUAUACAAAUCACAACUGAUUAUGAGGUACUCUUACGUUUAUAUUGGUCCUAAAAGUAAUGUGUAUGGAAAUAGAAAAGAAAUGGAUUUUUUGGGGGGGACACACCUGGCUUUUAGCUGUUGUGAUGGCAACUGCAGUUGGUUGGUUUCCUUUCUGGCAGUAUAUUUGGCACUGGCUAGCGUAUGUGACAGUUUAGGUGUGUAACCUUUCAGGAAUUUCAGAAGAUUGUUUUAAUUGUUCUUCAUUUGGUAUGCUCAUCAUGCUUGCUUUCUGAAAACUAAAUGAUGAUCAUCUGGUAUUUCCUAUACCAUAUCUAUAGAAGGAUGCAAAACUACUUUAAGAUUAAUAAAGAUGUAUAGAAGGCAGUCAACCUAUUUCUGAUUCUCAGCAUAUAAGCUUGCAGAUACUUUCAGAAGAGAGUAGUUGAGAUUUUUGUUGGGCUUAUGUGCUCAUCUUAUAAAAACAGAUUUUAGAUUUUUGCACAAGUAUGCUAGCAGAAAUGUAGGCUUGUGUCCAGUUAUGGCUUUGUGCUAAUGCAGCGGAGGGAAACCUUUUUGGAUGAAACCCAUAGUCUAAAACUUAUUGAUAAGAGUUAACAUAAAUGUUGCAUUUAAGCUACUAUUCUUUUUCUCUUUUUUGCAGAUUUUAACCAUUCCUGUGAAGGCUGUAAUUGCUGUAGGCUCAUUGAUGUGCUCCCCAAAACACAUUCUUCUUCCACCUUCUUUUCCAGUAAGAUAAUAUAUUUUGAAGAAUUUCUAACAGUUUCUUCUUGCUAUUUAACCAUCAUUAUGAAAAAGGAAACAAACUGAUUUUAGCCAUGCUACCGGAGUUUAUCUCACACUCCAUCACUGGGAAGGCAUUUUAACCUCAGAUUCUCUUGUUUUUCAUAGAGCCUGGGAUGUGUCCCCAGCCUUUGUUUCUUAUUGCUAUAGGGUAAUUGAAUCAGUCUUAGUGGUAAGAACUAGCAUAUGUUAACUCCAUCAAUCCAUAUGUCUGAAAUCAUGAACAACUGCUGCUGAAAUACGAGACGCGUUUUUUCCCAAAGGAAGUUGGCUGCUGUUUUGAUACACUACAGUCCUAAACACAGGGAAGCAUAGAAAUCAAACCCUUAGUUGCUCCUUGCACAACCUCUCAGAAUAAUUGAGACCAUGUAGCAGUUACCUUGGAGUAUAUCUUUUGCCAGAUCUUUAUUAGAGGAUUGGAAAUCUGUGUGGCAGGAUUCAAUUAUGGGCAGUCACUUUUUGAAAAUAAUGUGCUAUUUCCAAGUUCCUGCCUAGUCCAAAAUUGAAUACUUAUCUUCUGUGGGAGCGGGUGGCGCUGUGGUCUAAACCACUGAGGCUCUUGGGCUUGCUGAUCAGAAGGUCAGAUCCCUGUGAUGGGGUGAGCUCCCGUUCCUCUGUCCCAGCUUCUGCCAACCUACCAGUUCAAAAGCACACCAGUGCAAGUAGAAAAAUAGGUACUGCUGCGGUGGAAAGGUAAACAGUGUUUCUGUGUGCUCUGGCUUCCGUCACGGUAUUCUGUUGUGUCAGAAGCGGUUUAGUCAUGCUGGCCACAUGACCCGGAAAGCUGUCGGCCUGAACACCGGCUCCCUCGGCCUGAAGUGAGAUGAGCACUGCACUACAUAGUCACCUUAGACUGGACUUAACCAUCCAGGGGUCCUUUCCCUUUCUCUUUUAUUUAUCCUCUAUAAUCCUUCCUUUCCUGGUUUUUGUACGGUGGCAUUUUCAAUCUUGCAGUUGCAUUUGUGGUAUCUUUAUAAUUCCCUUUUAAACACAAAAAUGAGAAAAGAGGAAAGAGAACUUUGUUUGAAAGUGCCUUAUGGAGGUGGCUGUUUUUAUUGUAUUCUGGUAAGAAAAUUUUUCAUAGUCUCUUUUUUAAUACACCACUCCAUUAGAUUGUAAAAGAGAGGAGGAAGAGACUUUUUUUCUACAUUGAGCACAUAAUAUAGCUAUAAAAUGCACCACUAUUUUCAGUCCAAGGUAGCUUCAUGGAGCUGGAAAAACGUUUUAUUAUUUCCUGAGACUAAAGCCUGCAGUUUCGUUUAAUUCUUCCUGCUUUAUUUUCUAUUAAGAACUGGGAUAGAAAGUGUGAGAGAAAUAGUUGAGCCUCAUAGAGAUGUUUAAAGUAAUUUCCUCUGAAAUGUCUAAGGUUCCAGAUGCAAAAUAUUACUAUGUUAGCUCUUCCUUUAUGCAGCCACUCUUGCUAAUUUUAAGUAACUGAAUUUACCUCCCUCUGUUCCUAAUUUACGGGGGUGAUUUCUGGCAAUUGUUGGGUGUUGAAUGAAGGACCUAUGAAUUAAACUGGUAAUGAGAUUUUAUUUGAACUUUGAAUACAGUGGGAGCAGAUAAUGGAAGUGGAUAAUGCUCAUGAUAUUAUAUCGACAACUUGUGAUGCAGGACAGGAAACACAGACUGGUCUUCCUCUGUAGAACAUGUCCCCUCAUUUCAGUCUGUUUCCUUCCUUUGGCAUUUCUGCAAAAAAUGUUUUUUUUAAAAAAAACCAGCAACAACCAAUUGGUUGACUUGUAACAUUGCACGAUACUUUUUCUUAAUGUGUGCAGUAUCGUAUCUCUAAACUGAAAAGGUUUGAAUGAGGUGGUUAUAGGAAAAUAAUGUAGAUGGAAUAACUCUCUCAGAGCAACCUUAGCCUAUAUUACCAGGGGUGCUAAAAACUUUGCAAUCAUGGGCACAAAGAUGUGUAAAAAAACCCCACAAUUGUACAUUCUUUCUUAGGGUAAGACUGUUCAUCAGAGUUUGAGUAUCAUGAGCUCUUUCUCACAGAAGGUAAAAAUACAACAGAUCCGUUCACUAUCAGAAGAUGUUCGGUUUUAUUACAAGAGAUUACGAAGUAACAAAGAAGAUCUGGAGCCAGGGAAAAAAUCCAAGGUUCGAGCACUAUGGAUAUUAUUCAAAAUUACGUAACUAUGUUUAAAAAUAUAGAUAUUUCACAGUUUUGCAUUCCUAAGAGGGGUCUUUUUAAAUUCUUGGUUGCUGCUUCUUAUAUUUUUCAGAUUGCAAAUGUUUACUUUGACCCUGGUUUACAAUGUGGGAAUCACUGUUAUGUGGGGUUGCCUUUUCUGAGUAAAGGUAAGUAAUUUUAAUAUCUUUUAAACACUCUUAACAUUCUAGAUAUUGAAGAUGUUAAGGUGAAAUUUAUGUUUCUCUUUUCUAGCUGAAUCAAAAUUACAACACAGUACAUCUAUGCAAGAAGAUGCAUGGGAUUCAGAUUGGGAUUUGCAUGAUAAUCUGUUCAGAGAAUGGAUUGGAAUAAGAGAUCACUCAGGCAAUCAGUGAGUGUUUUAAAAUAAGGAAUGGCUUUCUGGUGGGUUACUGAAAUUCAGGGAAUCUUAAUUGUUUGAGAAGUGUUGCAGUAGUCAAUAAAUGGGUUGGAAAUAUAAAUGAAACAGUAAGCAAUGCUUUAUUAGCUUCCAAAUGCAGCUAAUAAACUUGCAAUGGAACUGAAGGCUACUCCAAGAAUACUGAAGAAAUCAUGCUAGCUUACUGUAGUUAUCGUUUUUUUAAAAAUCCUUAUGAUGUAGAAUCAUGAAACUGGAUAUGUCUAUGUGCAUGUGAAUUCCAUGAAAUAUUAUGGUUUUAGUUUUGAAGCUUGAUAUUAAUUUUUCUUCAUGCUAAAUUACAUUGCUGGUCUAGAUUAAGUGCUGUAUUUGAAGUGGACACAGAUCUCCAGAAGGCUGUGACUUCCAAAAUCACAGCAGAAUUGGCAUGGCCAUCUCUACUUGGCUCACUGCGCCAUUUGGAUUUUUCACUUACCAACACAAACAGUUCAUCUGUAAGUCUUGGCAUUGUCAAUGUAGUAUACUAAGAACACAAAAGUUAAUAUUGAAAAUGAUUUCCUAUAUUUGCUACUUUGGGACAAUAAGUCUGAAUCUAAACCUGUUCCGCCAGGAGGAAGAAAUUCUUCUAGAAAAUCCAGCAGAUGUUCCUGUUUUUGUUCAGCUUCUUCCCAUAGCACUAUAUUCCAAUCCAUCAGUCUUCGUAGAUAAGCUAUUGGACCGGUAAGUGGUGGUAAAAAGUGGUGCUUGCAAGGAGAUAAUGUUGAGGGCUGGGUUUAGGGUAGAUGUACUUGCCUAUCUUCUUUGCUCUUAAAAUAGAGCCCCUUGAAUGCUACUUUCUACAUGAAUUGAGGCAGACCUGCAAUUUAAAUACCAGCCUACUCUAUUAAAUUCAUACAACUUCAGUUAUCAGAUAUAUUAUGUAUUGUAUGUCAUAUAAGAUGUUAUUUCUAGUAUUCAUAAUAGUUUUAUUGUAUGAUAACAUAAACCAACAUUUCUCCCCCAUCAGAUAUAAUCCCAACAGGCCAUUGCCGCAGAACAGAAACAAAAAUUAUUUGUGCCCCUUAUUUCUUCUUAAAGUGAAUCUAAAUAUUUUUCCAGAGUACUCGGCCACACCUAACUAUCUGCUUUUCUUUCAGGUUUAACUUGACUAAGCCUGCAAACUUCAAUUUGAAGACGCUAGAAUUUCAAGUCUCUCGAAACUGUGUAAGUAAUCCUUUAAAACCCAGUUUUGUUCUACCCAGUUCUUAAUACUGAGCUGCUGUUAGUACAGUUAUUACGAGCAUAAGCAUGGUUUGCAAAAUAGUCACAAGCCAUAGGCUGCCAUUACAUUCAAACCACUAAAUUAUGGUUUGCACUCAAAUGCUAUUAAUUUAAUUGGAGCAUGCACAGCAGGAAAAAGGGCAUGGGUUCAAUGCUUAGUUCUUGUAGUGCCAAACCAUAAUUGGAUGUUAGGUUGAAACAAAGCCAUAGCUUUGCUAGUGCUUUUACUGAACACCUGACUGCAUGUGAACAACCUCGGUUUACACUUUAUCCCAGUGGUUCCUGUGCAUUGGAUUGCAGCCUGUAGCUGUUGGUUAGGGGUUCAGUCUCUUUAUCUUCCUGAAAUGACCUUUGCUUUUAUAGUUCGCUACAGUAGCAAAUCCUCUUGUUACCCUUGCCUUUCUCUCUGCUUAUCACAAUCAAGUGAUCCAGACACUUAAGUGCCUUCUCAGUCUGCUACGAUUUCUCUGUUAGAUUGUUCCCUUAGCCCUUCCCUCCCUAUUUAAAUUUAGAUUUGAAAGCUCCUUUUAGUAAUAGGUACCUGCCUUUUGUUGGUUAGUCUAUAAAGCUGUCAGGUACACAGGUUGUGCUAUAUAGAUAAGAAUUAGGUUCAUAUAUUUGCUUUUCACAUAUUUAAAAUGAGAGUUUAAAAAUAUGCAGCGUUUUACAGAGCUACAAGCUAGGCACUGAUUAAAAGUAUGCAAACUUUCUAACCUUUUAAUUUGAUUUGUCUUCCUCUUUCAAGGGUCAUGCGUUGCAAAGCGCCACAGGAUUUACGGAGGGCUUGUCUCGGCAGUCAGUUUUAAACAUAAUUUUAAAGCCUGGGGAAAGAAAAUCUGUCAAAGUGAAGUUUACUCCAGUUCUUAAUAAAACAGUUUCAUCGCUAAUCAUUAUCAGGUAUUGGUAGAUCUUCGGAAUUGCUUUAAUUAACAGGGAUGUUCAAAUUUAGAGCUACAUUUCCCCAGCCAUCUGCGGGACACAUUGAUUGCUUUCAAGAUGAACUAUAGUGGCAGUUUGGUUAUAUGUGAGAAGUUCUAUGCAACUGAAUGCAAUGUAAUUUAACAUACAUAAGUCUUAAGGGUCAGCUCAUACAACCUGGCUGUCUCUACGAGAUGCUAAUGCUGCACCAUAAACUUUGCUCAUGCUUGCUCAGCUGCAAAAUCAUCCCCAUGAGCAUAUUGAGCCAGAAGCAGGAUAACAGCUUGGGACACCUAGGAGUGUAUGGAUAGGCACACCCACAUUUUUACUGGCCACAUGGCCCCACUAACUUGCAUGGUCACAGCUCCUUUUUAAGCCACUGUGAUGACACAAAUGGGAAUGGAUGAAUGUGUCAACUCCUUUUAGAAGUUCAUUAGUUUAUUUAAUGUUUUAUCUCAAUUUAAUCCUGUAAGCUGACCAUGCACUGCGGCAAUUGUGUAGGAACCACCAACUGCAUGAAAUAAACGAGGCUUGCACAAAAAUUAGCAAGGUUCAAAUGGCAAAAGAUGUUCAGCAGCAUUUAGGAUAGCACACAAAGUGCUACUUCAGAUGUGCCCAACGACUUGUGGUACCCAGUAGGACAGAUUCCUUUGAAAAGCAGACCCCAAAGCAGCAUCACACAGAUAAAUUUCCAGGAACGUCUUACACUGGUGCUACUGUUCAGGGAACUUAAUGGGGGGAAAUGCCAUGCAGUGGCUCCUGGCCUCCAUCUCCUUAGUUAAUGCAUGAUAUUAUUUAUUAAUAACUUGAGAAAAUUAGCAUUAUAGAUUUUAUCCAUACCAGUAGCUUUAUUUAAAAAUGAGUAAGUUAGAAUCAAUUUGUGGAGUAGGGAAAGACAAUGUCUAUGUAUUAGUUUGUUUUAUUGAUUUUAUGAAACUCGUUACUGGCUUUUCCUCAUUAAAUAACCCCAAUAUAGCUAGAAACAGUAGAGUUCUUCAUAAUUUCAUAAUGCUUUAUUUGGCUUUUCUCCCCUACAGAAAUAAUUUGACUGUAAUAGAAGCUAUAAUGGUUAAAGGACAAGGAACAACGGAGAGCAUGAGGAUUGCAGGCAAGCCACCUGGGCCGGGCAGUUCUUUACGCUUUAAAAUCACGGAAGCAUUAUUAAAAGACUGCACUGAAAGUAAGUCUUCUGUGGUGAAGCCAAACAUCAAAUCCAAGAGUGUGUGAGAAAGAAACUAGACAAUCAUUCUCGUAUUUUAAAAGCAAGAAUGAAAGAAGUGAAAGUAACUGAAGUAGCUUUGUGAAACCAGUUGAGCCAAAUGCUGACACCAUUUUCUUGUUAAAUAGUAGUCUAAUUUUAACUGCAUUUUUCUCUUUAUUUCAGAAACAAAAUUAAAGGAACCAAACUUCACAUUGAAAAGAACGUUCAAGGUGGAGAAUACGGGGCAGCUUCAAGUUAAUAUAAAAUCCAUAGAAAUCAGUGGAUAUUCAUGUGAAGGAUAUGGAUUUAAAGUAGUUAACUGUAAAGAAUUUGCACUAAGUUCCAAUGCCUCUAAAGAGAUUGUCGUAUUGUAAGUUAACUUAUGCUGAAGACUGGCACCAUUUUCAGUUGAUGGGGCAGCGGGUGGUUGGAGUUUCUAUACUUAGCAUUGUAUAUAGAAAAUGCUUUUUUUAUUUAGUUUGCCAGAGGUUCCUGGAGCACACUGAACACCUUCUUUACAUAGAUUUCUUCUACGUAAAUGAAAUCCGUCAAGCCGUUUACCCCUUCAGUUUAGAUAAAUUUAUGUAAGCUGUAACAGUGCUAUGUUCAAAUAUCUCUCAACAAGCUAAGAUACAAAUGAGUUUCAUGCACUUGACUUGUCUCCCCACUCGUGUGAAGGGAAGAGCAAAAGAGCUACAUGUGGAUAUAAGAUACACUCAUGCGUACCUUGGUUUAAUAAUGCAUACAUUGGCUCUGCCUGAGGAAUGGGGAACCAGCAGCCCCUCCCUGCCCUCUCCUAGCAACAAUUAUGCUUGAACAAAAGUUUAUAUUAGAGUCAGAUGAAGUAUGUGUCAAGUGGUAUAUAGCAGAAGUUGCAUGAGGCUACCCAUCACUCUUAAAGAUAAUAGCCUUUUCCUUUAUGAUAAUGGCCAUUACAUUUUCUUUAUUUGUCAUGAAAUACUAACCGCACCAUCAUAUUUGAUACAGUUAAUGAAGAGCCGAAUGGGUUGGGGUUAGGACUCGCAUUGCAUGACAGAGACAGGAGAGCAAAGAACUCUGGGAGGCGGGCACAGUCCCCUUCAGUUUUUUUCUCUCCUGCCUGACGAAUCAGGUCGUUUUCUCCCGGCUCUCUCUGAUUUUCUCUGUCAGCCAAGUGCUAACAAAUAAGAGAUAAUUCUAUCAUAUUCCUAAGCACCACAUUUCUAUUUUCAUUUAUCUCCAUAAAUGAUUUUUAUUUCUACUUACCCCCAUAAAGAUGCACUCUGUGUGCACAGUUAAUAUUGGCAUGUGCAGAACUUAUUAAAUCAUAAGAAUUAAAUUGCAGCAUUAAAACCUGCAGAGAGUUUGAAUCUAGAUUUAGUUAUAAUUAAACAAACACAUUGAAAUCAGUGGGUCUGGGCCUAGAUCAAACCGUUUUUGUUAGGAAUGGGGAGUGUUUAAGUGCAAAGAUUCACAUGUGAGCCCCCACUUCUCCUUUCAAGAUCUUUGCAUCAUGACUUUAAUCUAAAUUCAAGCAGUAACUAUUAUUAGAGGCUUAUUUGAUCUGCUAUAGAUGGGGAUGUUGAAUCCUAGAUUGACUCUAAUGUAACUGGAACGUGUGGAUUUGUUAUCAAGUGUAUAUAUAUAUAAUCUAGAUAAACAAUAACAAUCCUUUACUCUCAACAGGUUUACACCAGAUUUCACAACUUCCAGAGUCAUCCGUGAACUGAAACUAACCACAACAGGAGGUUCUGAGUUUAUGUUCAUAUUAAAUGCAUCCCUUCCCUAUCAUAUGUUAGCAACUUGUGCAGAAGCUCUGCCCAGGCCCAAUUGGGAGCUGGCACUGUACGUAUUAGUCUCAGGAAUAAUGAGGUACUAUACACAAUUUUUUAAUAGUUUUUUUAUAAUAUACAUGUAUUUCUAUGUUAAUAAAUCAAAUAUGUUAAGAAAAUGCCAUAAUAUUUUGCUGUGAAUAUGCAUAUGUAAGAAAUAUAUGUGCAUAUGUAAAAAAUAUAUAAGCAAUAUAUGUUGGUUGUCAACAGUGUUGCAGUGGGGCUUACAACCAGAAUAUGCACAGACAGCAGAGAGCAAAAGUCACAUUUUAUCUGAAUAAACUCAUUAGCUCCUGUUGCAUAACCAUCUGCAUUUAAUUGUAAUAACUAAUGGGAAAACCUCUCCAAAUCCCAUGAACAUGGAAAUUUGUUGACAGUUACAGCACAUGAUAUACCAGUAGCAGUUCUGUUGAGAGUUGGUAUUUGCAAAGCAUGGAGUCGCAUAGUAGUCGAUCUUAGAGAGAUAGAUUGAGCAGACAGAUGUCUUAUUAUUUUAAUAACUUCUUACAAAUGAGCUAGAAGCAGUUGAUACGAGUGUGAGUCAGUUUCUUACCGCAUAUCCCAUUUCAGCAAACACAGUAAGCUGGGAAACUCCUGGGAGAAACAGAUCCUAAGUUUGGGCAUAACUUGCUGAGCGACAGCACUUUCUCUGCUGGGAGUCCCUCACUUAGGAAUUCAGCUUCUUGGGCAGCUUGCCAGUACAUUCAGCUUAAUAAUUCGCAAGUUGCCUUUGUUUUUCCUACCAGAUUUAGUCUUGCUUUUUCAGGAUCAGCGUCUAUGCUUGUUCCAAUAAUAGGUGCUUAUGGAUGACUUAAUUAUAUAGUAUGUAAAUGUUACUGGAACUUGGCAUUUCAGUACCAGCAUGGUGGGGGGUUGUGAUGUGUGUAGGUGGGAGUAAAAUAUUGUUUCUCUUAAUUUGUCAACAAGAAAUGGGCUCGCCUUGUGUCUUCAGUUUUUCCAGGCUAUGAUGGCAGAAACACUGAUGCUUUACUUACUUGUCUGUUGCAGUGUGCUCUUCCUUUUGGUAAUUGGAACAGCCUAUUUAGAAGCUCAAGGAAUUUGGGAGCCAUUCAGACGACGCUUGUCCUUUGAGGCAUCCAAUCCUCCCUUUGAUAUGGGAAGACCAUUUGAUCUCAGGAGGAUAGUUGGAAUUUCAUCUGAUGGAAAGUAAGCUCUUACUUAUGAAUUGGAUGUUUGCAAAGUAGCAUUUCUCACCAGUAUAUGUCACUCUUGUAAACGAGGCUCCUAGCCUCACAACUUGAGCAGAUCACAGGUGCAGCAAAAAUAUCUAUGGAAUUUAAAACAACUGAUGCAGAAUGGUCUUUCAGACUUUAUUAGCUUGGAAAAUACAUGAUGGAUAGUUGAAUAGUGAAUAGUUGUUAUCUUAAAACUAGGACAUCAGUUGCAAACAUUCUCAGAAGCUGGUAGAUAUAUCUUGAUACUAUAUAGGGAUUGCGUCUUAUGUUUUUGUAUUCAGGAGCAGUUCAAGUGGUAACUUAACUACUUAAUGUAACACUAGUAUGUGGUUCUGCUUGAUAUCGUGCACAUCUAUUGUGCACUUGAGUAUAACACAGUAAGCAAUGCAUCAAAGCAGUCUUGGAUAAUUGCAUACUUCUAUGGAAGCUGCUAUGCAAUACUACCUAAAUGUAAGAAUUACGUAGAAAAUACAUAAAUAGAAAAGAGUGAAGAAAUUGUGAUAAAGGAGGAGGAAAAUGGGAGUCAGGAAGAUGCCUGUGUGGAAUGAUGUAUAAAUUACUGUUUUUCAAAAACAGGGAUUAUAUAUCAAUUUUGUUGGUCUCUGUAGCAAGGAACUAUUCUUUGAUAGCAGGGCAUGUUAACAUGCUGCUUUAGAAAUAACUUACUUGUCUCUUGAUCAAGUUUUGAGGCCCAGUUUAGCACUAUACACUUAUAUUUCCUGAAGCUAUGUUGAACCAGCCAUUUAGAUGCUACCUAGAAACAUUAAGAACUACUAUUAUGCUUUGCUAAAUAGGUUGGGAACUGUGCAGCUACAUUUUACUAAAUAUUUAUGAGAAGUAAAAACAAAUUUGAUCUGCUUCCAGCUUGAAUGCACUUGGAUCAGAUUCGAACCACAGCUCUUCCAGAGGAAUCUAUGGACCAGGAAGUUCCUCAUCACGAUCCAACGCAGGAAGUAAUAAGCAAUGCAAUUCAUCCGCACACCUGCACAGCAAUAGAAAUUCAGUCGAAGUUGAAAACAUGAAGUAUAAAAACUGUUCAAAUGUUGCUAGUAGGACUUCUAUGCAGGCAGGUUCUGCACAGUCAACAAACAGAGCAGGUUCCCUCUUCCUGGACUCCAGUUCUGCAACUCAGAAUCACACAGCAGGCAGGAAGUCCAGGGGUGGAAAACAAAAUCUGCACUCAAACCAGCAACACGCUCCAGUCUUACUAGAGCAACAUUUGUCACAGCCACCAGCAGUGCCUCACCAACAAGAGCAGCAGACUGAAAACUCCCUGCCGCAGUCGCAGCUUCCUACUCCUUCACAUUCAGAAUGUGCCAGCAACACGAGGCACAGCUCAGAGGAUUCCGACAUUGCUGCUCUUAUAGAAACCAUGGACAAAGACUUUGAUCAUCCAGAAUCCCCUUCCCCAGAUGUGUUUACAGAGCAGCCCCCAUCUCCAGUAGCAAAAAACAAAGGUAAUAAACUCCUACUUCACUCAAUUAACUCUUAUCUUACGAAGUGUGUACAUAAAAAGUUGUAUGUGCUGGGUGAGACAACUCUCUAUGGGAGGCAAGACAAGAGUCUCUGUCAUCUGUUUCCCCCUCUAUGACAUUUAUGCACCUCUCUGAUCGAAACUUGUCCUUUGUGCACUUCUUAUGUGAAAUAAUUCUCUUUUAAAAAAAGGAUUCAGUAAAGGCUUUUGAAACGACCACACACUUUCCCUGUUCCCCGAUAGCAGUGGUUAUUUGAAUAGGAGUUCCAGCAACUUAAAGAAGCGAGGAGAAGUGUCAGAGAAUUUCUACUAGGCUGCGCUCAUAUGCAGAGUGGCGGUGAACUUGCUUUCCUCAUGCUAAUGCUCCUAUUGUUUGUUAAGGCUAAGUUAAAAGAUUAAUUUGGGAAGUGUUUUAUUUUUUUUUUUUUAAAUCAUAUUUAUUAAAGUUUCCAAAAGUAUAAAAAUACAAAGAAAAAAGACAAAAGAAAGAAGAUAUUUAAAAACCUUACUUUCAUUCCCUACUUUCUGGGACUCCCCCCCCCCCAAUUGUAUUCCCCUUUCCUUAAUUUGGUUCUACAAGCUCUCACUCCCAAUUUAAAGCUUAAUUUGUUUAACCCACUAUCCAGAUUGAAUUGUAUAAAUCUUACCACCGUCCCACAUCAUUAACAGAAAAGAAAAAAGAUUUUCCCCAAGAUCCACCCCAGUUCCUUCCACAAAUUCCCUUUUUUUUAAACACGUCCGAUCAAAGUAAAAUAACAUGCGUAAGUUAUGUAAAGAAAUAGAAAAUAAGAGAUAUAGAAAAAUUCAAAAAAUGGUUACACAGCCUUUGGAUUUCACAUCUCCCCCCCCCUUCCCCGGGUUGAAUUCCCCAUGUCCAUCAGUCUAUGCAUUAUCAGCUUGGAAGUCUCAUUUCAUGACCAGAUUUCUCCCGAUUCCAUCUUGCCGGUUUUCUUUAGUUUAUUAAUUUAAAUAAUAUUUGACUUCAAAUGUCCAAUCUAACAAAGGCCUUUAAUUUCCUUGAUCUUUACCACUCCUCCCGUUGUUCUUUCCGUGUCGUAAUCAGUCCUUUAUUCUUCUUAUUCCUCACUUUCUCAGGUUUCUUGUCCUGUUCAGCUGCUAAAACUUUCUAAUUCAGAAAUCUAGUGUCUCUGCAGAGGUUUGUUAUUCAGGAACAAAACUUACGUCCAGUCCCUUUCUUUCUUCAAUAAAAAUUCCAUUGUCUUCCUCUGUAGACAAAAUACUCUUUCAGUUUUGCAGCUUUCCCAGAAGAUAACAAAUCCUGUGCGAAUCCCAGGGUAUUUUUCCACUUACGACCGUUCUUGUAGUAUCCCGAGACCCUCUAGGGGGAUUGUAAUAACUUUGUAUCCUCUAAUCCAAAAGUCAAAUUGUUGCUUAUUUUCCAACAGUUUAUAUCCAUAUUAUAGCAAAUUGUAACAAAAUUAACCAGCAAGGUCCUCAUAACAAAGUCCUCUUUAUAUUCUCCAGCUUUGACAGCCACUUUGACAGCUGUCAAAGUCUCCGUCUCUCUUCACCAGGCUCCACGAAUCGCCCCGGUUCCCAGGGGGGGGGGUUGCAUUUUUCUUCUCACCCUCCACUCUUCUCCUCCAGCACAUUUCUUAUAAUUUCCCAUCGUGAAAUUAAUGAUUUUUAUCAGAGACAUACUUCCCUUUGGACCUUGGUUACCCAGUCCUUGUUUUGGAAUGCUUACAAUAGGGGGGGGGCUUGACUUCCUUUUUAAAUAGCCCCCGCUCGUGCCAAAUCCAAAAUUUUGAACCCGGUUUCCCAAUUACUCACGGGUUGUUGUUAAUAGUCCAAAUUUUCAAUAGAAGAAGUCAGCGCUCUCCGUCGAAUGGCAUGCGGCUGCGCUCGGCAGGGAAAGCAGUGGACUCAAGCACCACGCCACUCCCGGCACUCCGAUCCGAAGCCUUUAAAAAGGCUCCUUCACGAGUCGGGAGGGCGCUAAUGGUGCAAGCCGAGUCACCCAUGUCCACGGACUCCGUGCCCGUGGUUUUGAAGGGUCCCCGCGUCGCCGGCGCGGUAGGACCCAGCCCCUGCCGAGCAGACUCCCUCCGGAGCUCGGAGGGAGUCCGCCAUUCGGCGAUGGCGCUAACCCGGAAGUCACCUAAUUUGGGAAGUGUUUUAGGCUCCAAGGACCAGACCCUAUGACUUCAGAGAGUGAACAAGGUCAUAUGGUACAGGGGAUCAUGGUGCUGUUUGUACUACAUAUAUCCGGGGUGUGGGAAGUGAUAGAGGAGGAAGAAAUGUUCAAGAAAGCUAGUAAGUGGUUUUGUGUCCCUUUUCACGUACUUUGACUCCUGAGGAUUACACUCUUAAUAUCCAUUUUUAGGUAAUGUAGCCCAGAGAUAAUGGGAAGAAAAGUUUGAAAAACAAACCCUGAAGAAGCACCCUGAGUUGUGCUUGACUUAUCAGACUAAUGCUGUAGAAUUUUGAAGUAUUCCUGUGCUUGAAUGACUUUUUAAAAGUAACAAUACAUGGAUAAACAUGUAGGGUUGUAUCCAACUCUGUCCAUCCAGAAGAGGAGCAGACUUCCAGCUGCACAGCAAGGCUUCACUUUCUCUCUCUGCAACAUCCUCCCAGACCUUCAAAAUCUUCUCCGGAGGGUUGGGGGGGGGCCUGCAGAAGGGAGGAGACGAAGGUGCAGCCUUGCAAGAGUGGAUGUUUGCUCACACAGGGUUGAAGUCUGCCUGUAGAAACUUGUAAGAAAUUGUUGUGUAGCAGCCAACUCAUCCAAUACCACUGUUCUGUACUGAGUGCUUUAAAACUAAAGCCUGCUUGCUAACACUAAUAGAAAAUACAGGAUUUCUGAAGGAAAUAGAUAUGAUGCUGAAACCUAGAACCUGUACAAAAUGUAUGACGGUGUGUGUUAAGCAGAAAUAAUUAUUAGUAUGUUUAAACAGAUUUUAUAUAUGUAUAUAGCUUUAAUUCCAUUUUUGUCAAUGUUUAAUUGUAUUUUAAUGGUUGCUUUUGCUAUAUUUUUAGUUGUUCUUGUUUUUAUCUGCAAGCUGCCUUCAGUCCCGUCAGGGAAAAUGUGGGGUAUAAGUAAUAUUAGUAUUAGUUUGGGGUGGGGGUACAUACUCUGCAUUUUGCUUUCUUCAUAGUUAUAUUUUAUAGGGAUUGCCAGUAACAUACCAAUUGUGCAGUAGUUCCUUUGUUAGCACAUUGUAGCCAGAAAGCUAAGGGAAACUGCAUAUCAUCAGUGGCCAGUAUCUGUAAAACACAGUAAGGUGUGUAAAAUCCCUUAGACUUCUUAAAUUUGAUACCACCAACAUCAGAAAGUGUCUCUGAAAUGAAUUGCAUCCCGCAUGAAGUAGUACAGCUGACCUGGAGUGCGGUGUGCCAGGAAUGUUCCUCCACUGAAGUGUACUGGUACAAUUCCUAGUGUAUGAUGUUCCUAGUGGACUUUGUCCCAGGUACAUCACGGUGAUGAAAGGGUGUUGUUCUCUACAGCUGUCACAGAUCACAGCUGUUGCUAAUUGGAAGCUGCCUUUAAUACCCCAGGGAAAGGAAAACCGUUUCAACGCAAAUCUAAACCCCAGAAGAAGCGGGAAGAAAAGGAGAGAAGAGGAAAGGGAAAGCAACAAGAGGAUGAACUGAAGGAUUCUCUUGCAGAUGAUGACAGUUCUUCAACUACCACAGAAACUUCCAACCCCGACACAGAAGCACUUCUAAAAGAGGUAGACUUUUUUUUAAAAAAGGGGUGUCAGAUGAGAGAAGAUGAUGAGUCUGGGGGUUUCAUACUUUAAACUUGCCACUAUAUUUAUUCAUUAAGAGAUUUAAACUCCACUUCUUCCCCACAAAGUGUCCCCCAUAAGGCUGCUCACAAGAAUUGUUAACAGCUUGGUAAUGGAAAAACUCAAAAGCAGCAGCAGGAAAAAAACCCCACAAUAUACCUAACCAAACUCCAGAAUAUUAGAAAACAUAGCCACCUAAUUUGUAAAACGAAAAGCGCAGUAAAACAAUGCUGCAUUUAUUGAGCAUUGAUUCAAGAGAAAGGCCAAGCAAACCUCCUGGAGCAGGAAGAUACACAGUUGGGUUGAAAACGUCCUGUAAUGCAUCCCUACCAUCUCUGAAGGCAGUAGGAUACAGAACAGGACCUUCCCAGAAAACCUCAGUGAACGGUCAGAAUCAUGUGGGAGAGGAUGGCCUUUCUCAAAACACCUAGCUCCAAACCAUUUAGCAAUGAUGGUAAUCAAACUUUAAGACUGGGCUUGGAAACAAACUGGGAGCCAGUGAGACUAAACAAAAUUAGAACAGCAGCAUUUUUGUACCAGCUAAGUUUUCUGGUCACUUUUCAAAUGCAUCCUCAUAUAGAGCAUACUUCGGUAAUUCAAUCUGGAUUUGACCAGGGCCUAUGUGGCAAUGGCCAUAUUUGCCUUCUCCAGGAAAGGCGCACACAAACUUGAAAAUGUGUCAAAGCAUUUCUGGCAAUCUAGGAACAAGGCCAGAAAUGCUUUCUCCAACCAUGAAACUAGUUUUUGAGGGGAGCACAACCCAAGAAGUUGAACAUUUGUCCUCCAACCUAACCUCCUAGGACCUGCCCUACAUUAAAAAACCAGAGCCAGCACAACGUGGUACCCGGCUCCUAGGCCCAUCCCUGUUCCAUAGUCCAGAAGGGUACUGUGACUGAUGUAGAAUUACUUCAUGAAAUUACACAUCUACCAUUUGAUUUUUAAAAUUGAACAUUCGGGAGCAAAAGUAGAUGAGAUACCAAAUGUGUGGUUUUUUAAAAAUAUAAUAAUAAUGGUAGGUGAGGAGGGCACAAAAUUCAUUGGGACAAAAUAACAUGUGGGGAGGUUUACCCCUUGCCUCCCUUGGUGCAGUCCUGAUGAAUAUUGCCCCUUACUCUACUUGCUACAUCUACUUGGUAAUAAUGCAUGUAGCAUCAUGUCUAAACUGGCCUUUAGAUAUCCCUAAGUAAUUCGUAGAAUUUACUGUGCUCUAGGUUUCUUGUAGCAUAGCAAAAUGAACUGGUAGCUUCAGUUAAGUAACUUAAAGGAAAAGCUCUCUGCUUACAUUUUUAAAUAUAAUUAUCAAAGCUGUUUUGUGAAAGAAAUGGGGAGAUUUAGCUGUAAUGCAUAUUGUUCCUAGAAUUGUUGUCUUCCUUUUUUUUAAAAAAAUCUCCUUUUAAUGUCUUAUUGUUUACUUAAUAUUUUUAUUGGGAUUUGGUUGGCUGUUUGUAGGAGCCAGAAAAGCAAAAGGGAAAACAGGCAAUACCAGAAAAACAGGAAAAUGAAAUCCAAGUAAAACAGAAAAGCAAAAAGCUAUCGCUUAUCAAGAAAGAAAUCCCGACAGAUGUGAAAUCCAGGUACGCAUAGAACUAUGUUAAUGCCAUCCAAUCUGCUUUCCUCAGUAGGCAUGAGGAAAUAAAGUUCCUGGCAGCAGAACUUUGCAUCAGUCAGCUGAGAGAAAUGUGUCACACGCUGCAAUAAUUACCAUUUCUUCUCUGUUAACGUGGCUGAAGAAAAGGAAGUGGUAGUGCCUGGGCACAAGAAGAAUGAUAGAUAAUAGAAACUGAACAGAAAGGGGAAACCUUGUAAUUAUGGGAAACUCUGCACAAUAAGAAGCCUGCUUUUUUUGUAAGCAAGAACUUAGACAAAUAGAUUUGGAGAGACACUUCUCCAUUUGUUUUUCCUAACAGUUAAGACAAAGGGAGUCGGCUUGGAGAAGAUUAGAGAAAGCUGUUUCUCUUCUGCACACUUUUAUGUAUGCAAGAUCUUACUUUGUUGGUCAAACUGUUACAAAUAAUAACUUUUUUUGGAUAAUACUUUUAUUACAGUUCCUUUGAGAUGUCAUGUCCUUCGUCACUCGAAAAUAAGCAGCACAAAAGCUUUUCAUCCAAGUUGUCUUCUCAGCAUAUGUUCGCAAAUGGGUUCAAACCAAGAAACCUCCAGAAAACAAAAGGUAUUCUUUGGCUGUUCAGCUAUUGAUCAAGAUUAACCUCUGAAACUUUAGUGUUAGCUGUUCCUCACUGGCUGUACUUGUGAGGCUGAAGUGCUGUAUGCCCUACAAACUACAAGUUUAUUUUUUUGUUUUUGUUUCUUCUUCUUCUUAGGUAUCAAUAUGAAGCUGAUGGAUAAUAGGCCAUCUUCACUAGCAAAGUUUUUCUCCAGUGGUUCUGGUCAGGAGCUGGGCAAUACCAGCAGCUCAGAAGGAGAAAAAGAUUCUCCACCACCAGAGUGGGACUCAGUGCCAAUUCACAAGGCAGGCAGCUGUAAGUACUCUGGGCAUUAAUUUAACAUUAGCAAUAAGCUUAUGGGCAGUGAAUCAGUUCAAUAACAAAGGAUUUAAUUUCUUUUUCCAUUUGAAUGCAAUUCUUUGUGCUUAACAUCAGAACAGCAUAUGAUUGUCACAGAGUUCUUGGCACAAAGGGAUAACGGAGGGCUUGUUUGGAUAAGAUGCCUCUGCUGUCCAACUUCUGUCCCCUGAACUCAUUGCUGAUAAUAUACUUUUUGUUUUGUGAUUUGUAACAAAAUGGAUUUAUUAAGCACACUAAAUAAUAAUAAAACUCCUCAAGAGAGAGAUUGGGGGAAAGGAUUGUUUCCAGGCACUUUAUGUUAUACUACUUGGGUGGCUUCUCCACUGAGAAAAUGUCCCUUGUGGGGUGCUCCUUCCCUGUACAGGGGCUUUUUACCCACUCUGCCUUUGCAGCAUCUACAGCAGAGCAGUUAUACUGAGUGAUCUGUAAGAGUCUGUUUAGGCAUUACUACUCCCUUCCCAACUCAGGGAGAUGUUAGGCCAGGGAGAGACUGGCAGUGGGAUUUGGCUUGUACUCUUACCAGGAUAAUGGGAGGUCCCAAGAGUAUCCAAAUCAAUUUGGGUAUUCACCUCUUCUUACAAGCAAGGAGUGGGGAAAUGUGUACGUAUGUCAAAGGCAUUUUCUCCUCCUGUCCCCACUUCAGCACUGUUUUAGUAACGUGCAUGAGUGAGAGUUAGGGUUGCCAUAUUUCAAAAAGUGAACAUCUGGACACAAAAGCUGUUGAACUCCCCCCCCCCCCAAAUCUCCAAAAAAGGAUAAGUUUUUAACCUUCUGAAUUUUUGAAAAUUCCGCCCAGACACCAUUUUUGAUGGACGAAUCUCAGCUAUGUCUGGGGAAUUCUGCAUGUAUGGCAACCCUAGAGUUAGUUCCUUUUUUAAGGUUAGAAGUGCAGAACUUGACAACCUCAACUUUGCCACUUUAGGUGGUGCAGAAUAUCUGACUUACUGGGCACCAAACUGAAACUUGUAGUUGCCUGAAACAUUAUCAGACUUGGAAUAAGUUAACACUAUUAAAAUCUGCUCUCCUGGUGGGAGGUUUAAUUUGUGACUGGUUUAUUUAUUUAUUUUAAAAGUUCAUGAGGUAUAUCCAGUGCUGCAAUGUCCCCAUCCUCCUCUCCUGCCCCCUUCAGCUGCACACACCCUCGAAAUCAUUUCCAGGAGAGGAGGGGACCCCCUUCAAAGCAGGGUGUGUGUGUGUAGGGGGAGGAAACGAAAGUCCCAUUGUACCAGCAGAACUCCUGGCGCAGCACUGGAUACAACCACAAGUAACUGUUUCAAGACUGACUUUGUACAAUGAAGUAAUAAAAAUAAGAUAUCUCUUAUUCUGGUUCCCAGCUACUGACAACCUUUAUAAGCUGUCCCUACAAACCCUUAGUGCAGAUGCUUUCUUGAAACAACGACAGACCUCACCAACUCCUGCCUCGCCAUCUCCACCCCCUGCAUCAUUGGCCUUUGUGCCCCGAAGCACUUAUAGCAGUAUUGUGAACAACUGCAGGUAAGUUCAGGUGGUCACUGCAUAACCAAGCUCAACAUCUGAAGGCAAGAAACUUCUGUCGUUUUUUUAUUUAUUUAGCUGCAUUACCAUUUUCAGUUCCAACUGUCAACAAAGAUGAGUUUUUAACUUCUUUCCUUCCUAGUUUAUGACACAAUCUAUUGGGAUGAGCCCAGGGUCCUGUUUUCUGUAUAACUUCUGUAGGGGGCCAAGAUCCAAAUCUAGGUCUGAACAGCAGACAGGAGCAAAGGCAACAAAUUAUAAACAAAAUGAAUUAGGAUGAGGGUAAGACUCUCUUGAUAUGCUGAAAGAUACAUACUCUCAUCAGCAGUAGAAGCAAUCCUAGCUCACUGCAUACACAUCUCAGGAUGGUUUUGGCUAGAACUUAGUGUCAGAAGUGGUGAAUAAAAAAUGUGGAUGUUUUCCUAUUCAAAUACUAAAAGAAAAAUAGGUUUCAGGACACAAUAUCUGUGUCAGCCCUUAGUUUGGCUGUAUCCAAAUCACCAGAUUGGUGCUAAAUUCACAAUUUGCUCCUCUUUAACUGGACCUUUGGCUGAUUGACAUCAAAUGCCUUUUAAAAAUGCAUUUUGGGUAGGAAGGCUUUAUUGGGUUAUUUUUGUUUUUAAUUUUAUUAUGUAUUUUGAAUUUUUAUAUUGUGAUUUUAUGUUGUAACCGCCCUGAGACCUGUGGGUAUAGGGCGGUAUAUGAAUUUAGUUCAUCAUCAUCAUCAUCAUCAUCAUCAUCAUAGUAAUAAUAUCUCAAACAAGGCAACCAGUGAUGUUAGAUCACUGCCUUGAAAUAUCCAAACCCUAGCAUAUUAACUUCAUGGCAAAAUCCAGUUCAGGUAAGCUCUAAAGAACACCACAUCCCUCCUCCUCCUUGUUUUCUUUCAGUGAACCGAAAAGCAAGGUGCUCAGUGGUGCCAAACAUAAGGUGGCAAAGACAGCUUCUCUCCCUGGCAGGAAUGGAAACCCUACAUUUGCUGCUGUAGCUGCUGGUUAUGACAAGAGCCCAGGUAAAACACAGGAAUCAAAAAGCUAUGGCUAUUUGAGAGUGUGAUUGUUCUGCUGUCUUCAUAUGUUCAUUUAAACUCCAUUGUUACAGGUGGCAGUGGCCUAGCAAAACCUUCACCGAUGAAGAGCGAGGCAUCUGGCUGUAUGAAUGUUUCACACACAACCGUUGACAGUGACGGCUCUGACAGGUAACUUGAAUUAAUCCUUUGGAAACAGAGGCUCAACAAUGGUGGAUAUGGUAAAAAGCUGCUUUCCCUUUUGCACCCCAGUUAGAAGAAUAUGUCUAUUAAAAUUCCUAUACUUUGCACAUAGAAAAAUCCUCACUUCAUAAUUUGCCUAUCCAAAAAAAACCCCUUCCAUUUCGUGUUAUUUUUUAUUUUAAAAAAAAAUGUUUUAAAAUUUGGAUGCUGGCUGCUUAGCAUAGCAUAGCAUGUUUGUAAUUUGACAAUAAAGCAACAAAACUGAAAUCCAGCAUUUCCUCUUCUCAUAAGAUACUGAAAUAUGGGGACCAAGUGUGCACUUCUCAGUUGUGUGGGCAUUUUAAAAAAUGACAAUUUAGUUAACUUAGUUAACUAAGGAUGUGACUGUAGGCCUACUUUCAGCUACAAAACUCACUGGCACAUACCUGUAAAUAAUCAGUCGGGAAUUCACCCUUGGCAUUUUUUGUCAAAAUUGACAGUGUGUUAAAAUCAUUAUUUGUUGUCCAUAUGAUAUUUGGCUGUGUUUUGGUGGUCUUCACACUGAAGUGACCUUAUUAAUGAAAACCUCUUCUCCUCGGCUACACUUAGUUCUGGUUUGUGGAGUCCUAUAAGCAAUCCUAGCAGCCCGGAUUUCACACCCCUCAACUCCUUCUCAGCAUUUGGAAACUCCUUUAACUUAACUGGAGGUGAGUGGUAUAUUACAGUAGUUAAAAAAAAGGAACAGAACAAUAUGCCAUAUUUCUCAAUUGGCUACCCUGGCCAAUCUUUCCUAAUGUAAUGAGGCUCACUUCCUUUGAGAAUGUUUUUGGCAGUGUUAUGUCUUGGAAAAUAAAGAAUGACAUAAAAUAUUAAAAAUACCUUUUCUUUUAACAAAAAACAAUAUUUUUCUUAAUUACAUAAAUAAUCACACACUUCAAUAUACCAGGGGUGUGUGGGUGUGGGUGUUUAUGUUUGAGAUAGAUAGAUAAAUAAAUAAAAGCCAGAUUCUAGUGGCAUGCCAAUUUAUUUCAAUUUUAUUGAUUGAGCUACCUGUCAGUUACCAUGCAAACAGUGGAGAGUCAGGUGAGGACCUUCCCAGUGGGUUGACUGCGCAUCAGACUGCUUUAGAGUUCAACAUGAUGGAGGGAGAUGUAGGUGUCCUCUCCCCAAGGGGAGAAAAGAGCAGGGCUUUACUCACCACCCGCAUUGGAGGUCUGAUGAUCAAAGAGAUCAAAGGUGGGGCAAUGAUAAAAUAGGGGGAACAUGAUCAAUGGGAAACUAUGCCACAAUAUAGAAUCUCCAAAUUGCUGUAGGAAAUAAAACCUCUCAGCAAAUAAAGCAUGGAGAUUUAGGAAAUGGUUAGGGGGACUUAAUAACUUUUCUGUAACAGCUGUCAAAGUUCAGUGUUUGUCCCAAGAAUUGUAUAUUUGAGUUUAUAGAGUCUGGUCCCAUGGAACAACAAAAACAAAACAAAACACCAUAGAAUCAGUAAGCUUUGUUGGGGCAGUUAGUGUUUAAAAAUGUUCAAAGGAAGCUCUCCUAUUAGAAGAAUUAUUCCUCAGAUAUGGUUGCUCAGAGCAAGAAAUAGAGAAGGCACAGCACCACAAUGAUCUAGUAAUGGCAGUCUUUCACAUAAAAGGUCAGAGCAAACAUUGGAUCAUUCAACUGGAUUGCUGUAUGGGCAGCUCUUUCUCACUUAGUUGUGUUGUUUAGCACUUGUGUUCUGGCUUGCAAAUCAGGCUAAGCCAAAUGCUGGCUCAGCAUGAAUGCAGGAACAUGUGGACCCCUAAUAUGAAUUUGCAGCUGCCUUACUUCUUCCUGGCCCUUUUUGCUGCCACACUGUGCUGAGCCAACACAAAGUUUGGCUUUGCGUGUUUUCCAAAGCUGAGAUCAUCCUUAAGCCCUCUCCCGAUUAGUCUUGCACUUAGUCUGAAGAGCUCAUAAGCUUUCAUUCAGAGAACAUACUAAGCCAGACAUUGGCUUAGCCUUGACUAGGGCAGGAUAUGCAGUCUUCUGGUUCCAUGUUUGUGUAUGUAUGUGUUGGUAUAAAGCUGUUGAUUUCAUCUAUGAAAAAUAAUAUUGUGCAUAGAUUUUUCAAGACAGAAUGUAACAUGGAUGUUUUGUCUUAUUCUCCAUUCCCUCAACUUAGAAGUUUUCAGCAAGCUUGGGCUGUCACAGUCUGUUUAUAGUCCAGAUGUUCAACGAAACUGGACUGAGCUUAGUAAUGUUCCUUCAUCCAUCUGGGACUCCUCAGCUACAGAUCUGAUACCUCCCUGGCCCACAAGUUCAGGAUCCCCAACUCACACCACUUCAGUAAGUAUAUGAAUAUGUAUGUAUGUAUGUAUGUAUGUAUGUAUGUAUGUAUGUCUACUACUCCAUGUGGUGCUCUCUUUUUCCUGGUAGUAUUGAAUACUUGUGUGUCACAGCUCUUGUCCUUAUUUUGUUUUUUAUUAAUAUAGUCUAUCCUUGGGAACCCAAGCGGCCUGUGGUCUACCACCACCACUCCGUUCAGCAGUUCCAUUUGGUCAAGUAAUUUGAACAGUAGCCUUCCUUUCAACACUCCAGCUAACACGUUGCCAGGUAUUGAUCUUGGGAGUGAAAACACCCCUCCACCAGCUGCUGCUGCCCCAAUAGUUAGCAAUCCUGAAGACUUGGGACAAGCAUAUAACCCUUGGCUAAUUUGGAGCCCUGCAAUCGGGAGAAGAAGCUCAGAUCCUUGGCCUAAUGUGCAUUAUCCACCUGAAAACGGAAAUUAAGAACAAAGGGACUGUUGUCCAGAUUGGAUCAUGGUAAAUUCUGUAAUAUGCCUGGAACAUAAUUUGCAGUUUGCUGCCAUUCCUACUCAGACCCCAACAUGGUUACAAUCUAGUCAUACAUUCAUCACUUUAAAGUCUGUCUUGAGAUUAUGGUAGUAUAAAAUUACUGAUCAGCUUGGAAAAGUUUGGAUGUGGGUUAAAAAAUCCUAUAAGAUGAUAGUCAUUUUUUUUUUUUUUUACCAACUGCCCAUUCUGUUUUUUAAACACUUGGCAAUUUCCAAAAUGCAAUGAUUUUUAACUACCGUGCUUGGUUUUUAAUUUCCCCCCCAGUAUUAUGCUCUCAAACAUAAUUUUUAAGAGCACCUUGUGCUAAAAAUGCAGAGUAUUUUUUUAAAAAUAAGGCUCUCUUUGUUAAAGGCUCUACGAAUGUAAAAACCUUAGGAGCAAAUGUAUGCGCAUACUGUUCAAACUAUACAUUUUAUGUGCUGUUUGUACAUUUGUAAACCUGAAUGCAUUUUUAAGUUGAACUGAAAUGUGCAUAGCCAAUACUUGUGGAUGAAAAAAAAAAAGAUUCCUUGUGCUUUUCUUACCAAUACAACUUCAAGUUGUACUUGAAAAAUAAAAUAAUGCUUUUUUUCA